AUGGAUGAACAGGAAAGAGUACAGAAGAAAACAUUUGUCAAUUGGAUCAACUCACAUUUAUCGAAGCCUAUGGAAAGAGGAAGCAAACUCCGACGUCCGCACUUCUUAUCGAACGCGAACACUGCACUGCGCUUCCUAGCUGGCAAAAGGAUCAAGUUGGUGAACAUCAACGCAGCCGACCUGGUGGAUGGACGGCCUGCAGUCGUACUUGGUCUUAUUUGGACCAUCAUCCUCUACUUCCAGAUCGAGGAGAACAGCCGGGCUUUAGAGUACCUAGGAGGGUCUCGAUGUGCGUCAGUGAUGUCUCAUGAGUCGGGUGCGGCCACCCCGACUCAGCGAGCUGAAGAGAAGGAUUCAAAUAUCCAAGUAACAGACUUCGGACCAUCAUGGCGCGACGGUAUCGCAUUCCUCGCCAUCAUCGACGCCAUCAAGGCGAACCUAAUCAAUCUCGCCGAGAUGAAAAGGAAGACCAAUAGACAACGUUUAGAACAUGCGUUCGACGUCGCAGAAACCGCACUCGGCAUCGCCAGGCUACUGGACGCCGAAGAUGUGGAUGUCGACAAGCCUGAUGAAAGGUCUAUCAUGACAUACGUAGCCCAGUUCCUGCAUAAAUACCCUGAACCCAAGACGACAGGACCGGAUGCCGUAGCGGCAGUGCAAGAGGAGUACGAAUCUCUUAGAAUGUGGCUGACGGAGCGCGUCACCACAGUUCAAAGGCAAUACGACUCGCGAACACUCUCGCGACACUACGAAGAUUACGUGCGCGCUGAGAACGAACGGCUCGCGCGGGAACCCAUCUACCAGAAACUAGAGAAACUCAUGUACACGCAGAGCCUUGUAGCGAUCGCGCCAAAGUCGUGGCGCGAACUAGUGUCCCUCUGGAUAGAAUUAGAAAGACUGCACAGAAGAUGGCUGUGGCUCUUAGACGCAGAACUCCCCGGAGACUUUAAAAAUGUCGGCGAAUGGUUAGCGAGGGCCGAAUACCUUUUAUACUUUGACGAAAUCCCCACUAGCUUAGACGAGAGGACCGCUGCUAUAAUUAGCGAGAAGUUAGAGGAACACAGCGGCUUCUUUGCUGGAUUACCAGAAGUUAUUGACAGAUUCGAAGCGGCUUUAAGAUCACCUGAUGCCGCUAGAAUACCUCGUGAAAGACUCCAAGACAUGAAGGAGCGACUCGAGACAGUAAGUCGAAGAGCUCCACAAAGAAAGGCUAGGUUAAAGUACUUGGAGCACAAAUGUUGUAUUGUAGCCUUCACAGAGCUGACUAAAGCCAAACUUGCCGCGUGGACCGGCAAAUACGGUCGCAUCGACCACGUUCGUGCCUUAUUAGAAGAUUAUGAUAAUUUCGUAACUAAGAAUAAGAUUUUCCAGGAGUUUGAUAGAGCUUACGUUGAUAUUAAGCAAGUAGCGGAGGAAUAUAAGAGGGUGUGUGAAGUAGAUAGAACUGAAGCGAGGGAUAUUGAUAUGUUCUUGAAAGACGUCGCCGAGACGUGGCGACGCGUGGCGUCCGACGUGCGCUGCGCCAGGAGCGUGCUGGAGGAAGUCAUCGCGCACUGGGAGCGCUGGAACACCCUGGCCGACGACUUCACCGCCUGGCUGGACAAGGCGCAACACAUGCUCAGAGUAUCAGAAGACGAGAGACUAGAGUUCUUCCACGACCUGACGGUUUGGAAGGAGAAGCAUCAGUUGCUGGGUGACGCGGCCGGGUUCCUGGCCGCGACCUCCUCGGAGGACAUCAGCCAGGAAGUGAAGAGAAAGUAUGUAGAAAUCACUGAACGAUGGGAACGUGUGUGGGAAGAAGCUGAGAGGUACGUCCGCGGCGGCGAUGCCCUCCGCAACCGUCGGUCGCUGGCGGCGGGCGUGGGCGCGCUGGACGGCUGGCUGGCGGCCGCCGACGGCACGCUGGGCCGCACGCCGCGCGCCGCCACGCGCGACAUACAGGCCUACAUCGACCAGCUCCUGCAACUCAACUCCGAGAUAGAACACCAUGAGGAGCUCUUCAAGAAUAUUAGCAGAACCUUCCAAAACGCAAUUAAUGAAAUGCCUCGCGAUGAGGUAGAACAAAACAUGUCAAAGCUCAAGCAACAGAAAGAGGCACUGGUCCGCGUCAGGGCAACAGUGCCAGUCAAACUGCACCAGUACAGGCAACUGCUGGUACAGCAUGAGUCGCUGGAGAGCGGACAGAAGGAGAUUGGCGCCUGGCUGGACAAGGCUGAAGAGGCAUUGAAGAGUGGAGGAGAAACCAGACGUGAGGUGAUCUCCGAACGCUACGAGAUCCACCGCACGUUCUUCUCCCGCACCACGUACUACCGCUCCAUGCUGGAGAGUAAGAACAAAGUCUUCCAGAACAUCGUCAAGUCUGCUGACGCUGACAGGAGCGCUGACGUCACCGAGCAAGUCAGACUCAUGAGGGACCUUAAUGAGAGGUUCGCCCACGUAUCAUCUGAAGCUACGCGUCGUGAGGCUGACCUACAACGCCUGGUCCGUGCCUGGGAUGACUUCGACGCCAAGAAGCGAGCGGUCGAAGAGUGGGCCUCCCGGGCUGAGGCACUCCUGGCAGACAACAGGGUGGACUCUAAACAAGCUGUGGACUUCCACAAGAGGUUCUUCCAAGGAGCUGAUGAAAGAGCCGUCUCUGAGCUGGUUAGGUCUGGCCGGGAACUUAUUGAGUUGGUGAACGAAGAAGAUCGUCCCCGCAUUGUCCAGACAGUGGAACAGCUGCAGCAGCGCUGGAGAUCACUGCUGGACAAGGCACCGCCUCACCUCAUGCGCCUGGAGUUCCGCCUGGAUGAAGCCGUCUUCCAGCACUGCAUCAAAGAUAUUGAGAAGGAGAUCGUCUAUGAGGAACAGGCAUACAACCAAAGCGAUGACGCCGACGGCAUUCUCAUCCGCAACGAAGAAUACUUCCGCAACCAGGGCAAGAUCAUGCAGGUGGAGCAUUGUCUCCAGAACUUGCACAAGAUCGCCACCAGCUACACGCACCAGACUGCCGACACCACGCUGGAGGACUCCGUGCGGAACUGCGAGCACUUGUGGGAGGCCACCGUACUACGGGUGGAACACUUCAGGCAACAACUGCAGAGGAUCCCCGCCAAGUGGGACGCCUACAGGGACAAGUUCAGGGACAUGGAGCACUGGAUGGACCAUGUCGACAAGACCAUGGACAGCAUCGUCAGGGAGGUGGACUCGGCUGAGGCGUUUGAACGCGAGAAGACUAUCUUCCAGAACAUAUGCCGUGAAGCUGACAAAAAACGUGAAGACAUGAAGUGGCUCGUCCAGACACUGGACAUGCUCACUAACCACUGCUCAGAAGCUGAGGCUCAAGAAGAACAAAUACGACUUGAAAACCUUAUUGCAAGAUAUAAGAACCUUAUCCCAACUAUUGAGAUCACGAUGAUAAAGACUGAGACUUACACACGAUGCUACACAUACCGCAGAGAGGUCCACGAAGUCAUCUGCGUACUCGAGAGCGCCAAGGAGCAGGCCUUGGUGACCCCGGAGCCGCAGUCGCUGCAGCACGUCGAGCAGCUCGUGCUGGAACAGCAGGCGGCUGUACAGAAGCUGGACCGACACCGACCUUCCGUCAUGUCCAUGCUGCAGAGGGGAAAGGAACUCAUCAGGGACGCCAACGCUCCUGCCUUCGUCAGGGAGGACGUUAGGAACCUUGAGACUGGCUGGAACACUGCCUACGAGACAUCCACUGACCGCCUCCACAAGCUGCGCGACACUCAGAAGGUCUGGUCUAACUAUGAAUAUCAAAAAGAUGAGCUGUUGUCAGACCUCGACAAAUACGAGAGCUACGUUGUCCACCCAGGCCUUGAACUUGGAGUCACAAACAUCGGCCGUGAGCUCCAAGAAACAAAGACGGUUAAGACUGACAUUGAAAAGGCCAAGGCGGAACGACUUCCUCAACUGCAGAAGGCUUACACUGAACUACGUUCACUUACAGCUGACAAACCGAAACCAGUCAUCGAAAAAGAUCUAGAGACUAUUGAACGCAAGUUGGUGAGAGUUCAAGAUGAGGUUGACAGCAAGGUCGAGCAUUUAGAAAAGUUCAACCAAGAGUGGGUUAAAAUUGAACACAAAUUGGAACAUGUCAGAGAAUGGAUCAAGAAGGAAAGUCCUAUACUAAUCCAACAGAUUCGCUCAGAAAACAUUACACCUGAAGAAAGAGUAAUAAAAUCUCAGUCACUACAGAAAGUAAUUGCUGAGAAACUGGAUGUCAUUCGCGGUGUUGCCGAUCAAGGAAGUAAGUUGGCUGUUGAACACAGAGUCCAAGAUGCCAACAGGCUCAAGGGUGAAGUAGCUUUACUAGAGAAAAUGAUGGCUGACUUACAACGUUCCACAGAACACCAGACAAAGGUAGUAGAGCACGACUUGGCGACCUACCAGAAGUACCAGAAGGGUGUUGCUGAAAUCAAACCAUGGAUCGAAGAAGCUGAGUUGAAACUAGGCAACGUGCCCAAACCUACCACUUUGCCUGAAGCACAACAAUUGCAACAACAAUCGAGAGCACUGAUUACUGAUUGUGAGAAACAACUGAUGAACGUCCAAAUCUUAUCGAGUGUCAGCCAUCAACUGUCCUCUAAGUCCAUCAAUGCCCCAGAUGAAGUGGACGCUAUACACUCCAGAUGGGCAGUUGUCCAUGACUUGGCUGACCAGUGGAACAACAAACUCGACAAGCUAGUCACCAACUGGGAGAACUUUGAACGAGAGGCGGACAAACUUGAAACUUGGAUUGAAAAUGGUGAAAAGUUAUUGAGUAGCAAAAACGUAUCCAUCGACUCGCCUCAAGUUGAAAAAUUAGAUAGGGAACUAAAUAAAUUAAAGUCCUUUGGAAAUGAAAUUUCACAACAGCAAGCUAAGAUUAUCAGCUUAUCUCAGACAUGUGAUAACAUUUGUCAUAAUAUUCAGCCAGAAGGAGCCACUUUACUCAAGAACAAAGUUUCGGAUAUUAAACAACGCACUAAUGACCUGGCUGAGACAGUUAGGUCCAGAGUCAAUGAACUGUCCGACAAAAUCAUUGUCAGACAGGAAUUUAUGACCAAACUGCACAAUUUCGACAACUGGAUCACUGAUUUCAGAAGGAAGACAGAAAGCUACGACCAGAUUGGCGCAGACAAAGUGGAGCCAACUCUUCAGUCGAUGCACGUUCUCUUACAAGAACAUGCGGCUAAGGCGCCUGAAUUCGCUGACAUCUACAAUGAAAUCAAGAACAUGACACUUGCUUCUCACCCAGAUGAGUCACGCUCAUUAAGCGAGACGUACUCUAAUAUCGCCGAACAUUACCAGAUCAUUGAGAACAACAUUCAACAAAAUAAGGGUAUCCUACAGAAGUGGUCUGAUUUACUAAACUGGUACGAUGAAUCAAAACAACAACUGAACCAUAUUCAGUACCAAGUCGAAGGCCCUAAACUCACACCAGAAAGCUAUGAAAUAUUAAGACAAGAGCUUGUAAAUGUUAUCACCAAAAUACCUGAAUGGAAGAGCAACGUGGCUUUGUUAGAUGGGCCAUCUAAAGUUAAGGUUACUGACCAGAAUACUGGCCGUAUCAUGUCACCUACCAGCAUCGUUAAGGAAAUUGAAAUGAAAGCAGAAGCUUUAUUAAACCAAGUAACCAAUAAGAGAGACUUAGUACAGAAAGUUGGCGCUAGAUGGGACAAGUUCAAUAUACAACAUAAUGCAUUGGGAGAAGUGCUACAUAACGUUCAAACCAUUCUCAAUGAAAUGGCUCAGAAACCCGUGCCCUUAACUGAAGCUACUAUCCAAGACAUGACAGAACAAUUGGACAAAUUAGACGCUGAAAUGAAAGAGAAACAAUCAAUUCGUAAAGAACUAAGGGAGGAAGGUCUUCACUUGAUGAGAGAGGAUCAGCCGAACAUGGGAACAAUUCAGAAUGCCUUGUCUACUGCUGAUAAUAACUGGGACCAAAUAGUGAAUGCAGUACGUGACACCAAGAAUAAGUACAUCUUGUUAUCUUCAACCCUUCACGAAUUGAAGAACUUUACAGUAGCUUUUGACAGAGAAAUGGGCAGAGCUGAACAACUGUACAAUGAUUGUAAAGAUGCUCCCAAUGAUUAUGUCCAAACGGGCCAAGCUUUAGAAAAGGCUAAGAAGUCGUACGAGAUUCUUAAGAGAUCUAAGGGACUUUUAGAUCAAAUGGAUGUGAUCAAACAAUCCGUACUAAAACAAGCUUCUACAUUAGGAGGAUUCGACACAAGCCCGUUAGAAGAGGCCUUCCUGAAUUCUCAAACGCACUGGGAGAAGGUAAAUGAUGCUGUUAUCAAAAGAAUACAGGACUUGGAAUCUCAAUUGAUCGUUUGGAGACAGAUUGAUGACACAAAGAACCAAGUAAUCGCCUGGCUAAGUGAAACUGGCCAGAACUUGGCCAACGCCUGUGAUAACUUAGAAAUUAGAUUUGGACAAAGCCAUCUUACGAAGUAUAAGGAGGAAUUGCCAAUAUACACAGGUCUUAAAAACAGUAUCAAGGCCAAAUGCGAACAGAUUACCAAUCUGAAUAAGAGUAUCCCUAUAGGUCAAGUUUCUUCCAUCAUUGAUUACUUGGACAACGAAUUUGCCGCUCUUCAGUCUCUGGCUGAUAACUUAGAAAGCGCAGUAUCUUCUCUGGGUACCAAGGAAACUAAAUUGAAAGAUCAUAUCAAACGCCUUUCAGACAAUGUCAGCAAGAUCCGCGAUGAUAUUAUCAAGUGCGACGACAUGACAGGUGAUAAUGCUAAGAUUCUUGACCGAUUGAAGAAAUGUCAAGCUUGCAAAGCCGAGCUCCAGAACUUGAACGAUGAAAUUGAUAACUUAUCUCAAAGUGUCUCAGAGAUGAAUGAUAAUUAUCCAGGUUUCUACGAGUCUCUGGUGCCUAAGGAACUGAGUACUCUUCAAAAGAGAUUCGAGAGUGUUUUGAUACACGCAAACAAAACGGAAAUCACUCUACUCACGUUCUUGCAAAAACUCUUCACUGACAAAUUAGCGAUGUUCAACAGGAAUCUAAAGAUAUUAGAUGACAAAACAAGAUGGUGCAUGCCUGAUGUCACAAGUGAUAAAUAUAAUUUAGAAGUCAAAAACGCCGCUCUUGUUGAUGUCGAAAACGGUAUUGCUGACUGUAGAGCCAAAGUUGCCGAGUUAAAAGAAGCUCGUGAUAUUCUCAAAGUUGUCGCAGAGCCCGCCUGUGCUCAAGAAGCAGCUCAACAAACUGAAAAAGCCCAAAAGAAUCUGGAUGUUCUUAAUGCUAACUACGAAGAAAUUAAAAACAGAUUAAAAGAAAACAUUGACGCUUGGCAAGAGUACGAAGUACUAUUAGAAAAUGUCUCAGAGUGGCUGAAAGAGAAAGAGAACAAAGUCAGACAAGAAGCUGCCAACCUCCUUAAUCUGGACGAAAUUGAUUCCAAAAUUGCCGAAGUUGAAAAACUUGACCAAGAAAUUAAGGAAUAUGGUGGACAAGUCAGCAAGCUUACAGAAAUAGGAGAAAAGAUUUUAUCUCGUAAUCCAGACUCGCGUGUUCUACAACAUAUCAAUCAUUUAGUCUCUAGGUAUCAGACUGUUGGUAAAUUUAUGGAGAGUCAUCUUAACAGACUUAAAGACCUGAAAGAAAACAAAGCUAAAUAUGACAAAUCCAUUGCUGAAUUCAAGAACUGGUUACAGGAUGCCAAUGGUAAGAUUAAAGAUUUAGCUGUAAUGAGCAAGCACGCUAAACCAUCAGCAGCUGAUCUAGCGCAAGUAAAGAAACUCAACGAAAACAAAGAUGUUGGUCAGAAACUUCUCAACAAUGCUAUUGGAUCUGGUGAGGCUCUAUUCAGCGGUAUUACGCCAGAAUGCCGUGAACAAGUAAGAAAUGAAUUGAGAGCUCUUAGGGAUUACUUUGAGGAUUCCGUCGAUUCACUGAACAAUGUGAUUAAAGACAUCGAAACAACAAUCAACAAGAGAUCAUCAUUUGAUGAUACCUUCAAUCAAGUUCAGAAGUGGAUCGGUGACAAGGAAAAGGAACUUGGUGAGUUUAAACUUUGUCCUACGUUACCUGAAAAGAAAGCACAACUUCAUGCUAACAAGAUACUACACCAAGAAGUCGAAUUACAUCAAUCGAUGCUAUCACAACUAACUGAGAAGAUCAAGUUGAUGCCUGAUGAAGAAGCAGAAAAGAGUCUUUCCAAGACAAUUGAGAGAUAUAGAAAUAUGUCUAAAGAGCUAGAAAAGAGAAUUGCUACGUACGAAUCUCACGUAGCCGAUCACGAAAAAUACGUCAGCAUGUUUGAAGACGUCCGUGACCGCCUUAAUCACAUCGUAGCUGAAAACAGUAUGCUCAAUUAUGGAUCUGUUACUCAGAAAGAUGAUGUCGACGCAAAGAUUUCUGCAAUUGAAAAAGUUUCAUUAAAGGCUCAAGACAUUCAGAACAACCUAAGUGGUCUUAAAUCACAACUUGAAACUGUUGUAGAAACUACGCAUCCUAAUGGACAUCCAGUGCUCAUCAGUGAGUAUGAACAGCUCAAGGUUAUAUGGGACCAAUUAGCAACACAAUGUAAGGAACAAGAUAAGAAACUAAAAGAUACUCUUAAGCAAUGGACUGAGAGUCAGAAGACUUUGGACGAACUCGAAGAAUGGUUGAAGGUCAAAGAAAACCAAGUCAGAGACCAAAGUCUUAAGAGUAAUCUAGAGGCUAAGAUUGCUCACUUACAAAAAGUCAAAGAGAUUCAAAGUGAGCUGGCUUCAAGAAGUGCUGAUUUUGCUGCCUUGACUGACACUAAACAGAACGUUGCUACUGAAUCUGAACUGUCAAACAAGACAUCGAAGUUGGCGACAAGAUAUCACACUCUCAACAAUCUUGUAAACGAAAUCAUUUCCAAGUACGAAGUAUUCGUAUCAGAACACCAGACGUUUGAAAAUGAAUACAAUAACAUGGAGAACUGGCUCCUGGGCAUGCUGGGUGAACUACAAGAUCUUAAUGAAAUUGUGGGAGAUUACGCUGUCUUACAAGAAAAGCAAAAUAAAGCUAAGGAACUCUACGAAACCAGGAAUAAGAAGACUCCUGUUUUCGAAGAGUUCUUAAGUUUGGGUGAAAAGUUAUACACACAUACUAGCCCAGAUGGCAGAGAAGUUAUUCGUCAAAAGAUUCGCAAAAUCAGAACUUUGUGGGAUAGUUUCGGAGACAGCUUCCAAGAGACUGUUAACAAAUUAGACCAAUGUCUCCUUCAGUUCUCAGAUUUCAGCCUCGCUCAAGAGCAACUUACUAAAUGGCUUAAGGAUGUAGAAAGAGCGAUGCAAAGACACACUGAACUAAAGGCUUCUCUUGAAGAGAAGAAAGCUCAAUUACAGAACCAUAAGAUUAUGCACCAAGAGAUUAUGACUCACCAGCAAUUAGUAGAAUCUGUCUGUGAUAAAGCUCAACAGCUGGUGGACCAGACACACGACGCUUCUUUGAAUGUUUAUUUACAAUCUAUUAAACAAUUAUUCCAAAAUAUUGUCACAAAAUCUCAGAACCUGCAAGACAAUUUAGAAGACUGUGUGAAGAGACACGAAGAUCUCGUGCGACUCAUUCAACAGUACAAAGAAUGGCUUGGAUCUCAAUCUGAAAAACUUCUUGAUAUUGAGAAUGCAACAGGUGAAAAGCCUGAAAUCAUCAGGAAACUGCAAUCUGCUAUCGCAUUGAAGGACAUCGAAAAGGUUGGUUCAAGCAAACUUGACGAAAUUAGAGCAGUCUUCUCCAAUGUUAGCAAGAGCACAUCCGAAGCCGGUAACACAGCUAUUAAGGCAGAAAUUGAUAACUUACAUGACCAAUUACGUAAUGCUGUCGAAAAUAUUGCAACUUCAGAACAGAAACUUAAACAUACAUUGGAUAUUUGGAACAAAUUCGACUCUUCCAUCGAAUCUAUUACUGAAUGGCUGAAAGAUAUGGAAUCAAAAUGCCGGGACCAAAGCCUUUGCUCAACUCUCAAAGACAAAGAAGCCCAGUUGCAAAGAUAUGUUGACCUGCGUAACAACAUCAACGCGAAAGAGAAGGAAAUUGACGCAUUUGUCGAUGAAUCCCACAGUCUGAUUCAACUUAGUGGUACAGAGCGUCUUAAGCCUCUAGUUACUCAAGUGAGCAGCCGUUACCAACAGUUACACCUUAUCUCUAAAGAAAUCGUCAACCAUUGGUCAGAGCUUGUCGCUGAUCACAGGAAAUAUGCUCAACUUCGUAGUGAAUUCGACGCAUGGUUGAAACCAUUGGAAGAACAGCUGUCCCAAAUGGUCACUAAGGAAGACAAACUGAGCAUAGAAAGCAAGGGCAAUAAACUUCAAGUGUUCUUAAUGGAAAGAGAAAAUGGUGAACACAAAAUAGCAAUUUUAACCACAGCUGGUGAUAAAGUACUACCUGAAACUGCCGCCAACGGAAGAGAAAAUAUCCGAGCAGAAAUAAGAGCUCUAAGAGAAAGAUGGGACAAACUUAAUGAUACUAUCCUUCAACAACAGAAAGAAUUCGAGUCUCAAACACUGCAAUGGUCAAGCUAUCAAGAUGUCUUGCAACAGACAUUGGCUUGGUUGGAUGAAAAAGAGAAAAUCGUUGAUGCCGAAGAAAAAGCCGUGCUUAACUCUGCUCAAGAGAUUAAAUCUAAACUAUUGAAGAACAAAACAUUGUUGCAGGAAAUUUAUUCUCAUAAGAGAGUAAUUGAAACUGUAACUGAGAAAGCCAAGAGUGUAUCAGCUACGCUUCAUUCAGGAAAGGGAGAGAGCGAUGAAAUGACAGCUAUCAUUAAAUCUGUUUGGGAUAGAUACAAUGCCCUAACAAACAGAUUGACAGGCAUCAUUGAUAAACAUGAAAGCACAUUCGACAUCUACCAACAGUUCGCUGACCAACAGAAAUCUCUUCAGGAUUACCAAAAACAUCUUUGGGACCGCCUACAUCUGCUAUCAGAUUACAGCGGCAACAAAGCUGCAUUGCAGAGUAAAUUAGGUAAAAUCCAAGAGUUGUUGGAUGCAAUUCCAACUGGAAACAACAAAUUGAAGAUUCUGUCAGAUCUUAUUGAGAAGAACAAUGCUAGACUUUCACCUAGAGGCAGAGAUGGUAUGUCUAGGGAGCUGAGUCUGCUAAAGGCAGAUUUGGAGAAGUUUACAGCUACCGUUCAUGAUGUCAAACGAGGAAUCGAAGACAAGAUACAACAGUGGAUCGAGUUCGACAGCGCUAACGAGCGCUUACAACACUGGUUGAGUGACACUGAGAUGAGCCUGAAGACCUACACGCCUAAAGCAACCCUGGAAGAGAAGGUGGAUCAACUGAACAAAUAUCAGGAUUUAUGUAAAGCGAUUGAUAAUCACGACAAUGAUUUGAGCGCAGUCAUUGCUUUGGGCGAAGCCUUGGAUCAAGCUAUCUUGGCUAACUUGAAGAAGACCGAAAAUGACGUCGAUAAACUAUCAGAUGAGUUCAGUGACCUCAUAGAAAACUGUAAUGAUACUAGAAUCACAAUGAACUUACAACAGAUGACGUCACGAUUCCAAUCCGUACAGUCCACGGCAAAGGAGCUUGUUAAGAAAUGUGAGCAAGCCGUAAAUGAUCACAAUGCCUACCAGGAGAAAUACAAUCAAUGUACUGAUUGGUUGAAGGCGGCUCAACUUAAAUUUGAUGAAUGCAAUGAGAAUUUGUCUAACACACCAGAAGGAAUCAGCGCUAAACGAGAGAGCCUCAACGACUUACUUAGUCAAAGACGUAAUGCUACCCUUCUUGUUAACAACACGUUUGAAUUGGGAGAGAAAUUAUAUCCUUCCACGUCGCCUGAAGGUAAAGAAAUCAUCGAACAGCAAUUGCAUGAAAUACAACAAGCCAUUGAUAACCUGUACGAUAACAUCACAAAGGCUGAGAGGGACCUUGACUCCGAACUUAACAAAUGGUCCUCGUUUGAAGACAACCUUAAAAAUGUGCAGCAAUGGCUGACAACUGCUGAAAAGAAUUUACCAAAGGAAAUUGAACUAAAGGCAACUUUAGAUGAAAAACGCAAUCAACUAAACGUUUAUAGGACAUUCCUUCAAGACGCUAUUGCUCAUCAACAAGAUAUUGCUGACUUAGAGUCUCGUGCUCAGUCUCUACCUGAUGUUAGUAAAGACAUUGCUAAAGAAAUCAAACAGCUUAAGCAAAGGCAUGAGACUAUUUUGUCAAGAGCUAAAUCCUUCGUGGAACAAUAUGAAGCCAUUGUAAAUAACCACCAACAAUACACCAAGGCUGUUAAGGACUUGGAGGAAUGGGUUGAGGCCACUCAUAAUACUGCUCAACUGUGGGGAGAUGUCAAUCUUGAACGUGUAGCACUCAGCAGCAAUUGCGAGAAACUCAAAUCUCUGCAACUCAGCCUGCCUGAAGAGAAGAAUCGUAUUGACAAGAUUCGUUCUCUAGGUGAAAAGGUGUUACCAGGAACCAUUAGCACUGGCCAAGCUAAUAUCAGAAACCAGAUUGACGCUUCUCAUCAAGAAUGGGAAGGCCUUGUAUCUUUCAUCAAUAAGACUAUCGAAGCAUUGGAAAACAAGAUUCAACAAUGGAACGAAUACGAAAAUAUGAAAGACCAGUGCUUGGCUUGGAUCAGAAAUACAGACAACCAGAUCCAUGCUGUUGAUUUGAAAGCUACUCUACCAGAGAAGCAAGAACAAUUCAAGAAAUUCCAGGAGUUACAAGGUGAAGUCCGCGCUAAAGAGCUUGAGAUUGACAACAUCACUGAAAAGGCUCAACACCUGCACACUGGCGUGUUCGGACCACGUGCUUCACAGAUUUCGGAUCUGUCUGUGAAAUAUCAAACUCUUUCGCAAAAAGUCAAGGAUUUGACGAACAGAUGGCAACAGUAUGUCAAGACGCACCAAGAAUUCGCCAGCAAUGUUACUGAAUGCUCACAAUGGAUCGAAGAGCUGAGAGAUAAACUAGACUUUUGCGCUGAUUUGAGCUCUUGUUCUCAGGAUGAUCUGGAAACUAAAUUAGUAUUGAUCCAGAACUUGCUUCUUACAAAGGAUGAAGGUUUUACUAAAGUUCAGUCUCUUGUAGAAUUAGCUCAAAAUGUUAUGGCUAAUACAGCACCUGCUGGUCACGAGGCAAUCAACAACUCAUUGGUCGCCUUGCAAGAGCAAUGGUCCGCGUUACUGUCCAGAAUGAUUGAAACUAAGAACAUGUUGGAUGACUCAGUCACCAAAUGGGCUGGGUUCCUUGAACAGAUACAACUCAUUGAGAAGAGUAACACUUAUCUCGAGAACAUGUUAGCUGAACUGACGCCUUACGAAUCAUCUAUGACAGACAAGAGAGCACAACUUGAGAAACUUAAAGAAGUGGAAGAGAAAGCCCGCUGUGAUCGUCUUGACGUAGAUACAUUGAAGGCGAAAGCAGCUGAGAUGAUUGCAAGUGGCCAACAAAACCAAGCCGCGUCUCAAGCUCAAGAAACUUUGAGUAAAUUCGAUAAUCUCUAUGAUAAGAUCAAAAAAUUACUUGCUGACCGCGAAGAACAAUACAAAGACCACAGAUUGUAUAAGGAAGCGCAUGAUGAACUUAUCCAAUGGUUGAGCCGAGCUCGAGAAAAGGUACCGUCCUUGAAAUCUAAGCCAUUGAGCGACAAACUGGCUAUUGAAAAUUCUGUAGCGCCCCUUGAUGCCUUAAUUAAUAAACAGGCCCAAGGAGAGCUUUUAUUAGAGCAUUUGCAACAUACUGGCGAAGUUGUCCUCGCUAGCACUUCACCUGAGGGUCAAACAAUCAUCAAAAACGAAAUGAAGGCAUUGAAAGAAAGCUUCGAUGAUCUCUUCAAUGAAAUCAAACAACAAAAGAGUCAACUAGAAGAUACUGUUAAUCAGUGGCGAGAAUACAAAGAUGAGUAUGAAAGAUUAUCUGACUGGCUUCAACAAAAAGAAAUCCUUAUCAAGAACCAGAAACUGGCGUUGCUAGGUACUGCCAAGGAGAAGGGUGGACAAGUGAAUGAAGUAAAGGAAAUCGUAGACCAACUUAACAAAGGCAAAGCGGACAUUGACAAGUUCAAUGCUUCUGCGUCUGGUCUCCUAGCUUCACACUUGGACACCUAUGUCAACAACCAGCUACGUCAUCUAAACUCAAGAUACCAAGUUUUGGUGAAUAUGGCCAAUGACGUCCUCAAGAAGGUCGAAACAAACUACGAACAACACCAGACCUAUGACGACAACUAUGCCAAGACCAAGAAAUGGAUCGAUGACGCCUGGGAGAUUACACGCAGUGGCAGUGAAGCUGGUAGUAACAGCAGCAAGGAAGCCCUACAGAAGCGCCUUGAACAGAUAGAGGACUUACUCAAACGCCGCGAGGAAGGCCAGAACUUGGUACACGCCACUGUUAACAGCGGAGAAAAGGUUCUCAGAAAUACAAGGUCUGACGGUAAAGACAAGAUCAAUACUGAGCUCAAAGAACUGCAAAAUGAGUGGGACCGUCUCGUCAAGAAGAUGAGUACUGCUAAGGUUCACCUGGAAACAGCCUUGCUCCAAUGGGCCGACUAUAGCUCAAGUUAUUCGCAACUUCAACAAUGGAUAUCCGACAGAGAAGCAAAACUCCAAGAAGUGUGUGAACAAAAAGUCGCCAAAUCUAAAAAGGGCCAAGACCGACUUGCCGGACUCACGACUGGUCUUAGCCUGGGCGAAAGGAAAGCCACACUCCGUCAAACAAACAAUAUUGUGCAAGAUAUCGUUUCGUUUGAACCCAUGAUUCAGUCUGUAACUUCUAAGGCUUCGGAACUUAUGCAACAGGCUCCAGCGUCUGAGAUUACCAGCAAAUACGAGACUCUAUCUAAGCAAGCUAAAGACUUGUACGAGAAACAGAGAGAAACCGUAGAACAACAUCAAGCUUUCAUCGAUGCUGGCUCAGACUUCGUCCAAUGGAUUCGAGCUGCUAAAGAGAAGUUAGGAAAGUGCUCUGACGCUACCGGUGACAAAGAAUCAUUGAGUAGUAAGAUUUCACAACUGAAAGUAUUAGAAAGCGAGCUGCCUGAAGGUCAAGCGAAGCUGCAGAAAGCUCUGGAAUUGGGCGAGAUAUCUUGCGGCUUAGCUGACCACGAAGAUAGAGAAGAAAUUGAAGAAGAAGUAGCUCUAAUGCAAGAAGAGUACGAUACCUACGUUGAACAGCUUAACAACACCAAGGCUCUAAUCGAAGGCGGUAUCGUCAAGUGGACAGAAUAUGAAGAGCAAUACAAGGAAGCCCUAGACUGGUUGUCGAAGACUGAGAAAUUAGUACAAUCCUUCAACAAAUUGCAGAAUAACUUGGAACAGAAGAAAGUCGUUCUUGAGGAGUUCCAGGGACACCUCCAAACGCUAUUUGAUUGGCAAGCGGAGCUGGACAAACUGAAUGUGCGUGCUCAAACUCUAUUGGAGACUUGCGCAGACACCAGAAUUUCCAAUGGCAUUACACAGCUCACUACGAAAUACAACGCACUGCUGUCGCUAGCCAAGGAGGUUAUGAAGAGGCUCGAACUUCACUACCAAGAACACCAACAACACAAUGCCUUGUACGGCGAAUGCCAAGACUGGCUUGACAGGACCCGAGAGAAGCUCAACCAAUGUGCUGAAAUUCCGAACAACUUACCUGAAGUUAAUAGCAAACUUAACACUGUAAAGCUUCUCCGUCAAUCUUUGGAGCAGGGUCAGAACAAACUGCGGUACCUUCUAGAACUUAAAGAGAAGGUGAUCAUGAACACUGAGCAGACAGGAGCUGCUAAGAUACAGGAAGACACUGAUAACUUGAAACAAGAGUUUGAUAAGCUAAUUGCUGAUCUGCAAGACGUGAGGAACAAGUUGACUAACAGAGCAGCGCAGUUUGAUGAUAUCUCUAAGAUCCACAAGCUACUGGUAGAAUGGUUAGACGAUAUUGACCAGAAGAUUCAGUCAGAUGACUCUCUUCUUCAAGACUUGUCAGAGAAGAAGGCCAAGUUGGAGAAGUUUAAGACCUUCAACAGAGACAUUGAUUCUCAUAACGACCUGGUCAAGAGAUUGAAUGAGAAGCUCCGAGAGGACGCCUCUCUCAAGUCCAAGGACAUUGAAGAUACGCUGCAGAGUUUCUACGACUGGAUCAGGAACUGCAAGAUCGAGAUCCAACAGUGUUCAGACUCCCACGGCGAGAAGGACUCCGUGCAGAAGAAGUUGCAAAAAGUCAACAAAAUUAUUGAAUCUCUGCCUAAAGGCGAGGCUUUGCUGAAGAAAGCUAUCAGUCUCAGCAACGCAGUGCUAGAAACUACUGGUAAUGAAGGCAAGGACAAUAUCAACCAAGAGAUAAAGCAGUUGAAAAUUGAAUGGGAGAACCUACAACAGAUCUGCAAGGACACCAAGAAGUUGCUGGAGAAAUGCUUGGCGGCGUGGUCAGACUACUUGGAGACGUCCGAGAAGAUGAGCAAGUGGGUGAAGGAGUUCGACAACAAGUUGAAGACCGUACAAAAGGUCGACAAGAUUACGCCUGAACAUCUUGAUAAAUGUCGCGAACUCCUGGCUGAAGCUUUAGGACACAAACACGUCUUGGAAGAACUGAAUGACAGAUGUGAAAACCUAAUGGAACAGAGCGCUUGUGCGUGGGUUCGUGAUAAGACGGUCAACCUUCAAACUGAAUACACCACCUUACUCACUAAGAUUCAAGGUCUAGUUUCCAAUGGCGAGAAGAACUUAUCUGACCACACUGAGUUCAUCAAGGCCAAGGAAGACCUCCAGCAAUGGUUAGAGACAGCCCAUGGCACUGUCCAAGAUUCUAUCGGUGUCGGUGACAUUGAAACCACAAAAGACAAGUUGGAGACAGUCAAACUUGUUAACAACAGAAUGACUGAAGGCCAUCACUUACUGGUCGUCUUACAAGAAGCUUUUAAGAAGGCUCUUAACAACACUCCACCUGAAGAACAAGAUGGUCUCCGCAAUGACGUCAAGGUCCUACAAGAAAGCUGGGAUCAACUGAAGAUAGACCUGAACUCUAUCACAGCUCAACUUAAAGCUGCUAUCGGUAAAUGGGAAGACUUUGAAGAAUCCAAGAAGAAGAUGGACCAAUGGAUCAAGGACACCGAACAGAACUUGGACAAAGUCCCUCCUACUGGCGGAGAAUUAGGUGAAAUGAAGACUCUUCUUGAAAAAUACAAACACAUUGAAGAUGAAAUUGAUAACAAGAAGCCUGAACUUGAUAGACUUAAGAGUGAAGCUGCAGAACUGAGCUCAUGGGCAAAGAAACCAGCUAUCAAGGAGUCUGUAACAGAGAUUGAGAAGAAAUGCAAGGCUUUACGAGCUAAGUGUGCAGCAAAGAAGGCUGAUCUUGAAUCUGAGAUUAAGGACUACAACAACUACCACCAGUCUCUACAGGACACUGAGAAGUGGCUGUUGCAGAUCUCCUUCCAGCUUAUGGCACAUAACUCUUUGUACAUCUCGAACAGGGAGCAGACAGAAGAACAGCUAGCCCAACAUGCAGUUCUUCUUGAUGACAUUCAGAAGUAUAGGUCUACGUUAGACGAAUUGGAAGGCAAAGGACAGGCUCAGAUCGAACGCUAUGAGGCCACAACGCCUUCCAUUCGUGAAACUGUUGGCAAACAACUAAAGAAUGUCAACGACAGCCACAAGAGCUUGCUGGCCACCGCCCUACAGAUUGAGCGUCGUCUUAGGGAAGGUCUCGCCAAGUUCAAGGAGUAUGAAGAUACGCUGGAGAGCAUCCUGAACAACUUGGAUGAGAUGGAGCCCGCGAUUACUGAGCUGGAUGUGCCAGUUGAUGGACUAUCACAUGGACGUGAACUACUGGAUAAGGCUAGGGGUCUCCACAACCGCCUACAAACGGAAAAAAGUCGUCUGUCAGCGGCAGUAGCAGCUUGCUCUGCUGCAGCAGCGUCAGUGUCCCGUCCAUCUUCUCCAGCAGACACAGCUCCUCUGCCCAUACCACCGAGAGAGCUGCAAGUGCGAGCUCGCCUCGAGGACCUCAUCGAUCAGAAACAUGUGGCUGAAGUACAAACCGCGCCACGUAUUGAACAUAUACUAAAGACGCUUGAGGCGCCCGAGUUCAGUCAAAAGCUUACGACUUUUGAAACAAAGGUACAAAGUCAUUUGGAAGAGUUAGGAGAUGCUGUCCAUGGAAUGGAAGAAGCCAUGAAACAGGUCCUUGAGAUCCAAGAAUGGAUCGCAGUCCAUACUGCUCUGGCCCGAGACUGGCUUGCUAACCCAUCCAAACUCAGGCCUGAGGCAGCUAAGCAGGACAUGGCUGCCAUGAAUGACGCUCUUGCUUCUCUUAGUGAAAAGAGAAACAGACUACUCACUGAAAUUCCUACUGAAGGUCUUGAAGAUGAAAUAAACCUAGAAGAAGAGCUGGAUAACCUCGAACAAGCUAUACUCAAGGCCAUCGAAAGAGAAAAGGGCAACCAAGCCAUCAUCGAUGCUUUCCGCAACAAAUGCCAAGAGAUCCACGACUUCUUCGACUCCACUCUCAAGAAGAUGUGUCUGGCUGACAAGGGCUCUGGUCUCCCUUGCCCUCAGAAACUAAGUGCCCUUAAAGAACUGUCCUCAGAAUUCGGACAAGCUGGCAAAGACAAGGUCGACAGCAUCAAAUCUGUUGGAUCCCAAGUUAUCAAUAUUGUUAGUAACUUGGAGUCUCAACAAGUAGAGGAGCAAAUGAAAUCAGUGGAACGAAGAUACAAUGACAUCGCCAAACGUAUCCAGCGCAAAUUGCAAAUGCUUGAAAUCACCUACAAGGCUAUCGAUGGUACCAAGAGUGAGGUCAACGCGCAAAACGAAUGGAUGCAAAAGGAAAUUGACAACAUCCUCCAUCCUGAACCUCUUGGUUACGAGAGCAAGUCCGUCAAGGAACGCCAGAAGAAGGUCGCCAACCUUCUCAAAGAAACUGACGGUAAGAAGACAGUCAUUGACUCUUUGGAGAAGAAGGUAAGCAACAUCCAAGCAGAAUUAGAACCUUCAGAACAAAUGCAAUUGGAAUCCGAGUUGUCUGAACUGUCUUCUAAACAAAAACAGUUGGCGUCACUUAUUAAACAGGAGAUUGAAAGGUUAGGCACUUGCGCUGAAGAUAGGAAGAAACUUGAAAACGACAUUGAAAAGGCUAAGAACUGGCUUAAGGCUAAGCUCGCUGAAAUUAAGAAACUUGGCGGCCCAGUACCUCUGGAAGCUGCUAAGGUCGAAAAAGAGAUUGCUAUCCACAAGAAGCACCAGAGCGAGCUCUCCGACUUCCACAAUGACACUUUGACCGAGGUGAUGCGCCAAGGUAAUGCUGUAUCUAAGGAUUGUUCUCCUGAAGAUAGGGCUAAACUACAGGCUAUUCUUGAAGACCUAAACAAAUCAUACACCUCGGCGAAGGUGGACAUUGACGAUAAGCUAGCAGCACUCAACAAACGUUUACAAGGUAGGAACGAAUUCGAGGCUGAAGUUGCUAAGUGCCAGAGCUGGUUGAAUGAAGCUGAGGUAGCUGCCACUCCUGAACUGCGCACUACAAGCCUUCAACUCCUGGAGGAACAACUCGCCAAGUUCGAAAAACUAAGUAAAGAAGCCGAUGAUGUUGAAAAGAACAUCAGCAAAAUUAAGGACAAAUCUAAGGACAUCAUGGACUCAUUGUCAGAUUCUAAUAAACUGCAACUGAAGGAACAAGUUAACGUUCUGUCUGACAGAUUUGCAAGAAUUAAAGCCAUUAUCAAUGACAAGAAGAGCAUUCUUCUCAAGCACAUCAAAGAAUACAAAGACGCUGCAGCCAAGAUUGCCGCUGCGCUUGAAUUCUUGAACGAAAUCCAAAAUAAAUUGAAGGCUCUCAACAAACCUAUUGGAAGCAAAGUAGAAGAUGUUCAACCUAUCAUUCAAGCAUACGAGUCUAUUUUAUCCGAUCUGAAAAAGAAUAAGGCUAUGCUGAAUGAGCUACAAGGUGGCAACUUACACGACUUGCAAGAUAUACUGACACAGCAAGAUGAUUUAAUGAGCACUAUUGAAGAUCAAAUAUCAAAACUCAAAUCACUUCUUCUUUUGCGAGAACAGUUCUUCGCUUUGGUGAAGGAAAUUGAAGAAUUCAUUGCCAAAUACACUGACCUUACAUCAGAAAUUGAGAAAUCAAAUGACUCUUUGGAGGACAAGAUCAAACGUUACGAUGACAUCAUUGUCAAGAUUCAAGGAUGCGAAGCUUUACUUGCUACUGCAACUGAUAAGGGUCAACAGAUAGCCGCUGAAGGUACUGUCAUUGAUAGAAACAACAUCACUGAGUUGUUACAGUCCUUGAAACAACAACUGCUGACUUUGAGACGAACUGUAGAAGCCAAGCGUCAAGAACACGAGAGAGCCGCAGCAGAACAUAAGAAACUCGGCUCCGAUCUAUCAGAGAUUCUUCAAUGGCUUCACGAUAACGAAGCUGCUGUACACUCACGACCACUCCUCAACAGAGAUGUGGCCAGCGUAGACAAGAAACUCACAGAACACGCAACGCUUGUCAAAAACAUUCAGGCAUACUUGGAUAAAUUAACUAAAAUUACUGACAUUAUCAAGAACGACGACGGUGUACCAAGCACGUUACUUGAAAUGAUGUCUGAAGGUAACUCUCUGAAGACAUCCUUACCAGAAGAAUUGGCAAACAGAGAGAGAUACUUGCAAGACAACAAGAAAUACAGGCAACAAUAUCUCCAACUUGUAGAGAAACUGAACAUCUGGGUGAACGAAGCGACAAUACGCCUUGACAUGGGCAAGAACGGAACAGAUUUCGAGAACAUCGAAUCCGAUUUAGAAGAACACAAAUCCUUCUUCAAUACAUCUGAGCCAUCGAUGAAAGAUCUUGUUGGAAAGCGCAUGCAAGAUAUAGUAGACAAGAUCUGGCCAUCUCUGGCAGCGUCUGAACAAGACGAGCUAUCAAAGGACCACCAGAAACACAACCAACUUCUGAAGAAUACCCUAAACUCUGCGAAGUCUCGUCAAGCGCAACUGGAGCAAGAUUUGGAGAUCUGGAAGGACUUCUGUCAGUUGGUUGACAAGAUCAAAGCGAUACUGGAGAAGAACGACAUUCAAGAUGAGCCUGUGACGUCAGUGGACUCGCUGAGACUGCAUCUUGAGAAGCUGAAUCACGCCAAGAAUGACCUUGAGAAUCAGCAGCCGCUCUUGGACGUUGUCCGGGAGCGGGCUCGCGAGCUCUGCUCUGGAGCUGAUGCUGCAAGCGGAGAGAGGGUCGAGCAGAGGACCAGAGAGUUCGCUGACAGCUGGAAUGUCGCCUGUGAAGGUCUAGCAAAGCGCGCAGCGGUAGCCGACCAGCAGCUACACCGCUGGAACCAACUCCUGGAUGAACUGCAAAGCGAAGUCUCAAGCUUGGAGGACAGUAGAGACGAGCUGCUGGAACACGCUGAGUUUGUGGUCAACAUCCUCAAGCCACACUCCAAGGACGCUGCCAAUGAGACAGAGAAGAACGUCAAGGAUCUCGUAGAAGCUUAUGAGAAAUUGCGACAGACUCUUGCGGCGCGGCUCGCGGAGAUUGACGACAUUGUGUCCGAAUUCGACCGCGUGUCGGAGAGAAUCGACGAGUUCCGACAGCAAAUAGAAGUGUUGACAGCGAAAGUAAGGACUUUCUACGUGUUCGGUGAGGACGAGGCCGACAGUGUGCGCGCGCUUACCAACGAAGUUUCCGACUUGGUGGAGCGCACAAAGAACUUCACCGAGGAGAGCCGGAAGAGAUACGGAGGCUCAGCCCCGGCGGACGUCGCGCAGGAGCUGUCCUCCCUAGAAUUAUCAUCUGAGGCAUUGGCAGCAGCUAUGGAAGAGAAAGAAAGGGAAUGGAAACGUGCGCGCACGGCUCGCUCCGAGUACGCUACCGACGUGGAAGACGUGCAGGCGUGGGUGCGCGCCGCUGAGCUUACAGCCAGGGACCGCACCCUGGCACCCGAGCCCUACAGGGAGCGCCUGGUUGCCACCAGGGCUGAAGUGCCAAACGUUGCCGAUCGUGUUGAGCGGUUGACACGCAAUGCUCGAGCGAUUGUUGAAGGCAGUCGCGAUGCUGGUGAACGGCAGCUUGUGCAGUCUACAGUGACCGCGUUAUCGGAUCAAUUCUCAGCAGUGUGCAGUGAGCUGGAAGCUCGACAGGCAGCUGUAGAAGACGCCUGCGAUGCGGUUGCACGUUUCCUUACAUUACUCGAGAAAGUCUUACUUUGGGUUGAGACACAGCGUGCAUUCCUUGCGCGGCCACUCCCAUUGGCCGACUUGCAGGAGGCGCAACAGAAACAGACUGAAUAUGGGAACGCGCUCAAGAGCUGUAAACAGCAAGCCAAGAAUUUAGCGGAUAUGGCUAAGGAGAUAGAGGCAAUCGAACGGGUUACAAGCCCAGGAGACUUGCCGUCUAGGCUAGAAGCAGCAGAGAAUGCGACCGUAGACGUUGAGAAGCGAUUAGCGAAGACAAACGGUCUACUACAGGAAUUAGCAGAGGAAUGGGAGCGAUGCGAAAGAAAGUUAAAAGAUGUCGGGCACUGGCUUGAAGCGACAUCGAGGACUCUAGAAACACCUCAAAAUGCUAAAAAGCCUCUCAGAGAUCGUCUCGCUCUGAGAGAAAAGUUGAUAAAUGAUAUCUCCACGCAAAAGACGAAGAUCUCAUAUGCAGUGGAAAAACUCAACGUACACUUCGGACCGGACGGCGUAGCAGCGCAAUCAGUGGGGCCCGAGGGAGUGGAGGCAGCGGCGCGCUCGCUCGUGGCGUCGCUGGACGGCCUGGCGGCGCAGACAGGCGCGCAGGCCGCGGCGCUGGCGCGCGCGCUGGCGCAGGUGGAGGCCUACUGCGCCGACGUGGCCCGCCUGCGCGCGCAGCUGCUGCAGGCCGAGCAGCAGCUGCGCCAGGCCGCGCAGCCCAACUAUAGUCCGCGCGAGCCCGAGCGCGCUUCCCGCCAUCAACAGGAUGUCGCCCGGCGAAUCGAAGAGCUGACCGGAGCGAUCUACGCGCUGGACCCGUACUUCGUGAUGCCAGCGACAGACGAGCAUGCCGCCACUCUGUCCAUGCUCGUGACGAGCGCGACGCACGCGCGCAACAACAGGCGCGCGCGCUCGCCCGAGCGGCGAGAACGCGCGCGCCUGGCCCCGCCCGCGCCCGCCGCCCGGGCCCGCUCGCCGUGCUGGGCGCCGGGCGGCAUCACCUACGCCGAGAUAGUCAAGGGCUCCGGCUCCCGCUCUAGCUCCCGCGGAUCCCGCGCACCCGACGACCACGAACCACCCCGCGCCUCGCCCUCCCCGCCCGAACCGGCCGACGCCGGGAGCGAUCCCGUGGAAGUGCUCGUGGAACCGUGUGUGCUCAGUGAGAGAGUCGAUGAACAAGUGUCGCGCAGUGACACUCGUGUUAGCGAGUCUAUCAGUGUCAGUGAGCCUUAUGGCGGUGACGUGAUUGUUUACUAUGAUGACUUUGCCUCGCGUUCGGAACCAGAACCGGUUCCCGAAUACUACGCAGAACCUCCAAUGGAGUACCGAGAAAUGCCCGUUGAUGUGCCGGCAACCAUGUAUCAGGAAUCACCUGAACCAAUGAGAAAAUUACCUGAUCAACCAAUGAGGGAAAUACAACCCAUUGAAUCGGAAAGAGAUGUUAGCCCCAUACCAAAACAUCGCUCGCACGAGUUAUCAUAUGCGGAAAUAUUAGCACUCGGGUUACGCAGACAACCGCGUACUCAUAGCGUUACUUCAUUACCGAAACCACAAGUAGCACAGGUAGAGCUGGUUAAGGAGAUCGUAGUAGAAUGCGUUGAAAGAUCUCCACCGAUUCAGCAAUAUGAAUCGAAAGUUGAGAAGAUUGAACCGCCGAGGUUCAAACCCGAUAGACCCGAAAGACCGGAAAAAACAAAUAAAUUAGAUAGACCUGAUCGGCCCGAACGACCGCCUCCUAGGAGUAGAUCAAGGGAUAUGCCAAGACAGAGGCGAGGUCCAGAAAAGAGGCCUACGAAGGCUCAUGACAUUCAGGCUAUGAAAAAGAAAAAGACAAUGAAAAAAGUUAUUGAAGUCGACAACUUUGAUGAACCAGAGCAACCGAUUGAAGUAGAACUAACACCCAUCAGUGAUAUUACAAAUAAGUCUGUGACUGUAGAAUCAACUGUAGAGACCGUUUACAAGGAGGUCACUAAAAAACUACAACACAGUGCUACAGUCGUAGAGACUAUUACUGAAAUUGUUGCAGAAGACUCGCAACCUGAAACUUCUGAAGAAGUUGAACAUAAAAAACCCAAAAAGAAGCAAAAGCCUAAAAAACCUAAAACACCCGAAGAUGAAAUUCAGAGAGCUCUCAAGGAAAUUGAAGAGCUAGAAAGGAACAAAAAGAAAAAGGCGAGGGAACCUCGUGAUAAAAGUAAAGAUAGCAUCACUGAAAUUAUAUCAGUUGAAGCUCCAAAGGACCCAAUUACUGUCGAAUUUAAAAAGAUAAAUAUUAAAGAAUCGGACACCCAAACUAAGUCUAAGAAAAAGAAAGGUGUCAAAGAAUCACCGGACAAAACGGCUGACGUUACUGCUGAGCUUAUUACUGUAGAGGCUUCUGCUCCAGUUGAAGUAACAACUAAAGAAUUUAAACCGAAGAAAAAGAAGAGUCAAAAACAAGCCUCUUUAGAGAAAUCAGAACCAAGUUCUAUUGACAAUAUAACUGAGCCUCAAAGUCCUAUUAGCUCUGGAGAAUCUAUACAAAAAUCAAUUGAAAUAAAAUCUGAUUCAGAUUCACUUUCAGUUGUAGAAGUAGUUGCUCAACCGGAUAUAACUGAAUCAAAAGAAAUAACUAGUUCAAUAGAUGAUUCUACCAAAGAGCAAGUUAUUAAAACUGGCGACGAAGUGCAUAGAGAAAGUUCUGUUGAAGUUAUUACUACAGUAACUUCUAGUAUUGCACAUCACAUUAUAAGUCAAACUGAGUCUGUGACGGUUAUUAGCUCAGAAAAUACCGUUAGCGAAAGCAGCCCUAGUGAGAUAGUUACAUCUGAAAUUGUAACAUCACAGCCUGCUUUUGAAAACGUGCAAGAACAGAUUUCAGACAACACAGAACUACCUGCUGGAGUUUCUGAGACAGUUACUCUGGUUACUGAACUUGCUGAACCUCAAAAGAAACACAACAUUGAACAAUCGACUAUUGUAUUCAAAGAGUGUGAACUAUUAUCCGCCCAAGAUCAGACUCCAAAACAAGAAGAUCAAGGCAAUAAAAAGGCAUCUAAAAAUAAAAAGAAAGCACAAAAGAGUAAACAAAAAACUGAAGAUAUUAGUUCAGAAUUUAUUACCAAAGAGUCUGAACAGGUACAACAAGAGCAGAAAUCAGUACCUUCUAUUGAGUCAAAACAAGAAAAACCUGAACAACUUGCAGUUGGAGAAGUUUUGUCUUUUAAACAAUCAGAACAAGUUUUACCCAAGCCAGUACAAACUGAAGCAGAAAAGCUUGUCAUAUUAGAAGAAAUAGAAACCGUUUUGUCUGAAAAGCAAACUGCAUCAGAACACCCGUUAUUGGAAGUAUGGCAGACACCGCAACAGAAUCAAGCUGCUGAGCUUGAAACUGUGCAGGUUGAACAAGAGGAACAAACAGAACAAUCAGAGGAAAAAAUCAAAGUGGAUGAAGUUCCUUCCAAAAAUAAGAAGAAAAAGAAACAAAAGAAACACGAAAAGACCCCAGAACCUGUUGUAUUUGAGGCUAAAGAAAAUGUUGAGCUUAUUGAAGAAAACGUUAAGACAACGCCUAUAGAACAUCCUGUACAAGAAAUACCAAAUAUUAUAGAACAAGUCGAAGAACAAAAACCACAGAAGAAAAAGAAAUCUAAGAAAGGAAAACAUACUGAUGUCAAAGAAGAUGUAGUUGAAACGACAGUGGUUGAACGUAAAGAAAUUGAGUUACCAACGGAAACGUUUGAAACUAGUCCAAAAGAAAUUGAAGAACCACAGUCUCAAGAAGACAGUAAGCGAAAAAAGAAAUCUAAAUCGAAAUCUAAACCUGUCGAGCAGGAAUCAGAGGUGGAAACUAGAGAAACAGUUGAUGUUAAAGAAAUAGACGAAGUUAAAAUACCUUCCCCUGAACCAUCCAUGGAAGAUAUAAAGGUCGAAGAACCAGCUUUUGAGGAAGUUAAAUCCCACAAGAAGAGGAAACCUAAAAAACAAAAGAUUGAAAAUGAUGAUAUAGAAAAAGCUCUAAAGGAGAUUGAACGUACUGAAGGUUCUAAAAAGAAACCCAAAGAAAAGAUACCCAAACCCAAAGGUAAACCUGAUCAUCCAAAACCAACAGAAUCAAAAGCAGUUAAGCAAGAAAUACAAGAGUCUAAAGUGGUUGAACAAGAAAUACGUGCGGAUGUCGCUUUGAAGAAGGUGGAUUACGAUAUAUCACCUGAAGAAGAUACUGAAAGUACUCAACCAAUCGAACAUAUUGAUUGGAAUGCCAUGUUAGAAGAAGAAGAAAGUUUAACUGAAAUACCUUUUGAAUCCAUCAAACAAGAAUCGAAAUCAACCACUAUUGAAACGUCGUACAUUGCUAACCAAGUAACAAUUCUACAAGAAACAACUAACUUGCUGGAAAGCGAGCGUACUGUUACUAAACUUGAAUCAUCGGUAGAACAAGCUGUUCCUGGAAAAUCAUCUGAGAAAGUCGAAGAGGAAAAAAUUAUCAAAGAAGUACGACAACAACAAGCCGACCCUAUUUCUAAUCCUGCUAGCGAGCAGAAUAAUAACGAUAAAUUCUUUUCAACUGAUGUAAUAAAAGAAGGGUCAUACAAUAUUGUUGAAGAGGUGACUCGCUACGAGCCUAUAACUCAAGAUGUUGAGACCCGCACUAUUUAUCUAAUAACGCACGAAGAGAAGAAACUGCCUCCUAUCAGGACUGUAAAAGUAUUUAGGAGUAAGAGUAACUCGUUAGAAGAACCUCAAUCUACUGAAGAUGACGUAGUUUUAAGUGAACAAACGAUUAACAAAAUCACUGAUGAUAAGUCUUCCAUUAAUGUUAGUGAUAAUGUUUUAGACAGUAAGGUUGCAACGGGAAAAUUAAGUUCAGAAAGUGAUAUUGCAGAAGUAGAUGUUACUCAAAUUGAAUCGAUUCAAAAAGCUGAGAAAGAACAUGUCAUUGAGAAUGUGACUUCUAAAAGUUCUGUACUGACUACGCAUACGCAAGUUGUCACUAAUGUAGUCAGUGAAGUGACUACAAAAGAAACUAUCCGAGUUGACGAGGAAUCCAACACGAAAGGAAUCGAGGUUACAACCCAAAAAUCGUCUACGCUAUCAGAUCAAGUAACUGAGAGUAUUGGUGAAGUUCAAGAAGAGGUUCCAAAGGAAUAUGAACUUAUCCCAGAAAAAGAAUCUGUUCCAGAAAAAAGUAGUAUACCGCUAUCAGAAGAAGACUUCACAGAAAUAAUUGAACAAGCCAUUUUCGGUUCAGUACAAGAUCGUAACCGAACAACAACUGAAAAGAAAUCCAAGGAAUCUUCGAAUAUUCCGUAUCAGGAGUUGGUAAACGAAGUUAAAACAUAUUCAGAGAAUCUAGAUACUUAUCAAUUGGACUAUGAUUACUCUCAGUUAAUACUUAGCCAGCGAGAGUCUAGAGUUUCACAAGGAGAAGAAUCUUUAGUAGUUCAUGAAGAAAAACCGAUUAAAUCUGUUACAGAACUAGAAGCAGUAAAUGUUUCUCCAGCUGAAAAAGAACUGUCAGCAGUAAUAAGUCAAGAAAUUAUAGGUACCGAUAAAGUAUCGGUGGAAGAAGAAGGCUUUGAAAAUGUUGUCUCGGUAAUUGAACCACCAACAGCGGAAAAAUCAACAGAUAGGCUUGAAGAACUUAUUUCUCAAAAUAUUUUGACUUCAGAAAUGUCUACAAAAACUGAAAUUGAGCACACCGUUGAUUUAAUUACAUCAGAGAGUUCUGUACUUAAGCCCGUUGACCAAGUCGAUGCUAAAGCUUUUACUGAAACAAAUGUUGAAAUACUUUCGGAACUACAAGUAGAGGAGCCUCAAUUACUUGAAACAGCAAGUAAACAGAAGCAUAGUGAAGCGCCUGAACCUAAACUUGUAUCUUCAGUUAAUGAAGAAGAGCCUAGAAUUAGUUACCAUGAAAUUAAGGACGCUGAAGCAAUUUUAGCAUCACAGGUAUCUGAGGACAAAACUGAAACCACAACAGAUGCUCUCAACGAAACAGUUUCUUCUUCGCGUGUCUCAGAAACUGUUUUAAAAUCUGAAGAUACAAGUGUGGUUCAAGAAUCUUCAAUAGAAAUUCAACAAGAAUUAGUAUCAAAGGAAGAUAUUAAGGAGCAUAGAGUGUCUCCAGUCAAGGAAGAGGCUCCCAGAGUAAGCUAUCAUGAAAUUAAAGAUGCUGAAUUUAUUUUAGCAUCACAGACUAUACCAAAAGAAGAAUUAAAUUCUUCGAACAUUGUUCAAACAUCGGAAGUAGUCAACGUCGAAGAUGACGUGCUUAAAACUCUUAAUAAGACAAUUACAAUGGUUAAAACAGUCACUGAGCAAACUGUUGAUUUAAUUGCCGCUGAAAAAGUGGUUCUGGAACCUACGGAUUCAAAACUUACAGUUACUGAAACAAAAACUGUUACUGUCGUGGACGACAAACCUUUAAGAGAAGAGCGACCACUGUCGUAUGAAGAGGCCCCUCGUCAUAGCUACCAUGAGAUUAUUGAUGCGGAAAGACGCCUUGCUCUGAUAACUAAACAACAAGAUGACAUUCAACAAGAUACUAAAGAUGUAGUUGAAGAUAAACCUGUCGUGCAAGAUGUACUAGUAGAGUCCGAGUAUUCUCAAGUAAAAGAAAUCUCCAAAAAAGUCAAACCAGAUUCACCUGUGAUCGAAGUACCAAAAGAUAUACUAUCAGCGGCUGUAGCUGAAGCGCCAAAAGUGAAUUAUCAAGAAAUCACUGAUGCAGAAAAGCAUUUGGCAGCAGUCGUAACUACGCAAAAAAUGGAAGAAAGGUUUGAAGUCGACGUUCAAAGUAGUACAUCAACUUCUACAAGUAUUUUACCAGAAUCAUUGAUAUUUGAAUCGCCACGGGUUAGUUAUCAUGAGAUUUCAGAUGCAGAAAACCGUCUGGCGACAAUUAUAUCCAGAAACGCAUCUAAAGAAUCUUCUCCAGUUGAUACAACAGAAGAUAUACCUGUAACUGAUAGACAAGUAGAAGAAACACCAGAGCCUACGCCAGAUGUGGUUGUUACUGCUGGACCCACAGAAACACAGCAAAAGAUAGUAAAUCACGUUCCUCAUAAUGAUGUUUCUAUUCAUGAUGAUGAAAUAGCCCCAAUAAUAGAAAAUGUUCCCCAAUUAGUGCCAGAGCCUGAACCAAUAAGACAACUCAUUUAUGAAGUGCCAAGGUUCAGUUAUCAUGAAAUUAAUGAUGCUGAAAGUUUAUUUGCUACUUCACGAGUUUCUCUAGAAGAAGUUGAAGUCCCAGCUGAAGUGGCUGAUACAACUCCAACAGAAAGGGAUACAACUACGACAGAAAUAGAUACAACUACAACAGAAAUAGAUACAACUACAACAGAAACUAAUAUAAUUGUAGCAGAAACUGUAUCAGCUCACCUGGUGGAGCCUACAACUCCUGUCAGUGAAGAAGUCAAAGAACCGAAACCAGUGGAAAUUGAUUCUGUAUUUGAGCCUUUACGUCACAGUUAUCACGAAAUUCAAGAUGCUGAACUUGUGCUAGCAUCUAUGAAAGUUGAUGAAGUGCCUCGAACAUCUGAAGAGAAACCUAAAUCAGUCGACAAAGAAGUUCCCAAGUAUUCUUCCGAGCAAGUAGAAGUAACGUUACUUCAAUUUGAUAGGCCACCUCAACCUAAAACUGACAAAGAACAUACUAUAGACUUCCUUACGAAUGAAAGUAUCGUAUCAGAACCUGGGAAAACUAUUGUUUCUCCUGUAGAGAAACCUUCAGCGCUUCAAAAGGCUCAUUUGGAAAAGCUUGCUCUGUCUUUUGAAGUCGAUGACCUUAGUAAUACGCCAAUAUCAGUAGUUUAUGGUAGUGCGGGUACCGCAACACCAACCCAGGAACUUAAAAGUCCUGUGUUUAAGACUGAAGACAUGGUCCCUGAAUCCCCAGAUGUUCCACAAGCCCCAGUUAAUGUUGAAACAGCCAAAAUUGAGGAAUCGACACCAACUCAAGAAGAACCUUCCGUUGAAGAUGAUACUUUUGUAAUCAUAGAUCACAGUGAAGUCAUAAACAUAAUUACCGACGUAAAAGAUAGUGAACCUGUGGAAAUACAACUACACAAGCCUGAUGAAUCUUCAAAAAUUAUGGAAAUAUCCCCCGUUGUUGUACAAAGUGUCACUGAAACUACUUCAAUUGAACAAGACUCUUCUUUAGAACAACCGCGAUCUAUUACUCCUAAAACAAAUGAUGACCAUAUUGUGGUCAAAAAUCUUAUCGAAGAAGCUCUUCAAGAACCUGAAUCAACAGCUGUUACUAGAACAAAACCAGCUUAUGAAACUUUCGUCAUUGAUGAUCUCAAUGAAAGUCUUGUGCCUGUGGUAUUCGGUGAUAUUAAGGAUAUUGAGCAUUCUAUAAAAUACAGGAAAGAAGAACUUUUACUACAAACUGAACCUUUGGAACCUGUUCAACCACCUAAAUCUGAAGAAGAAAUAGUCACUGUAGCUGACGAAGAAGUGUUAGGGCGGUCACCUUCUCCCAUAGAAGAUAUUGAAAUCGUUGAAACAGAAGGUUUUACCAUUCCUCAUCCUAGUGAAUAUGUUGAGUUAGAUCCCUCGACUGUUUUAGAGCUCGAUGCUAAGCCUGACACUAUCUCGGCGGAUACACAAAGUGAAGUUUUCGAUUCGGCUAUAAACUUACCUGAAUCACAAAUUGUUAAACAAUCCGACAUGAAUACGCAUAUAACAUCUACGGACUAUCAAACGGAACAUAUAGUAUCAACUGAAAUUAGGGAAACACAAUUAACCCAAACUGAAACUGUUAGUCGUGUAGAAAAAUCUCCUAUACAUAGCCUGCAUGACCUCCUUCCUGAAAUUGACUCCAUCCCUGAAUUCAAACCCUCUUAUUCGAACACUGUAUUGUAUUCAAAAUUAUCGGCUGAUGCACCCGAGUUUACACCCUCUUAUAUGUAUCAGACUGUAACUACUGUGUCUGAGAGUAGAUCUGAUGUAGUAGGAGAUGCACCUGCACCUAUUACUGUGGAAGAAGAAGUAUCAAAUAUUGUAACUGAGGAAGUACCACCUGUACCACAAAUUUCAUAUUCUUCGGUUUUACAAACUAAGAAAGAAAAGGUCGAAGUUGGAGCACAAACACCACCAUCACCAAUUGAAAAAGUAGUGGUACCUGACGCACCUACAGAUGAACUACACGAGGAACAUGUUGAAACCAAAACUAAGAAAACUAAAAAGAAGAAAAAGAAGGAUAGAGAUGAAAAGAAAGAGUCUAAACCAGCUGAAUCUGUGCCUCUACCUUCUGCCUCUCAUGUACCAGAGAGGGUUGCAGUGUUACCAGAACCUGUUAAUGUAUGGGUCAAAGCUGCUGAAGAAGGCAAAUCGUAUGCCGAUGUGUUGGCUGAAGGCUUAAUUCAUGAACAAAGAGAAUUUAUACAGCUAGUCCCAGAGAAGCCAAAAGAAAGAGAAUUGUCUCAGCCAAGAACAGAAAAAAUACAACAUGAUGUUGAGAAAAUCGUGACACCCACUGUGCUACCUACCCAAGACAUAAAAGAUACUGUGGAGAUAAAAGAAGUAGUUUCAGAAUAUGAACAAAGUAUUGGCUCUUGGGCUAAGAUAGUAGCAAAACGAUCAUCGCCGGAAAGAAUACAAAAAGUAGAAGAACCGCAACAUGUCACACCCACACACGUUCCUACUAAAGCUCCAAUGAUUCUUGUAGAUGAAUCAGAAAGUGAUCAACUCAAACCUGAACUAGAAGUAGAUGCUGAAGGAUUUAUUACUGUUGACAGAAGUAGACGAUCGAGAUCUAAGUCAAGAGAAACACGUUCACGAUCAGGUGUUUCACAAAAUCGUGAAACACGUGAAAAGUCAGAAAACAGAUUUGAAGCCCUAACUACGACUCUUAGACCAGAUGAUGUAGAAUCUACUCAGAGUCCUUCAGAAGAUGAAAAACCAGCUAAGAAACCUAGUAGAAAGAGCCGUAGCUCUAAGUCUAGAGAUAAAGAAGUGAAACCAAAAGCCAUGGUAGUAGCUCCUAGCACGUCCGAUGAAGACAAACAACCGCCAAAGAAAGACAAAAAGAAACGUUCAUCUAAAUCAAAAGAUAAGGUAGCCCCUGUACCUGUCGAAGAGAAAUUGAAACCUGAAAUUGUAGAAGUCUCAGAACCAUUAAAGGAAGAAGAGAAGGAUGAUGAACGCAUAACCACACCAUCAGUUCAGUCUGAACCUAAAAAGAAAAGUAAAAAGAAGAAGAAAGACAAGAAGCCUGUAGAAGUUUCAGAAACUACCGAGGCGUCCUCCCCCUUAGAAGUUACUUCUUCAGAACAAGAGAUAAUGUUAGAAUCUACAUCAAUAACAAAAUCUCGCCAAAAGAAGUUGGAUACUCCCUUAUCUACACCAGAGUCGAUUCAAACUCCAAUCAAAGACAGAGUUUUCUCUGAAGCUCAGUUCUGGAAAAUGGAUCCUAGUAGUUUAGAUGUAUCUGAAAUAAUAUCAGUAGAAAUACAACAUACACCAACGGAAACAUAUAAAAUUGAAAUAAAAGAAAAUGUUCCUAGUGAAAAAUUAACAACUAAAUCUGAAGAACCGAAAAAACCUGAGAAUGUUGAACCAGUCCACUCUUCAGCUAAAUUUAUAACUGAGGAAAUAACAUCUGUUGAAACUCAGAUACAGGAACUUGAGGACACAAUUGCUGAAGAUCAAUCACUUGAAAGUAAAAUGGCUGAUCUGCAACGGGAAAUUGAGGAAAUGUUGUUGCCUGAGAAUGAUUCAUCAUUAAUUAGUGAUGAUUCUCCCAAAGAACUAACAGACACUCAAACAUCCAUGGAAUAUCAAUAUGAUGAGUUAUUGGAUAAUAUGACUCCGUCUUUGGCCAGCCCAGAACUUGAUGUGGAACCAAAGUCAAUCGAAGAAACAACGGUAGAGGAUAAGACCACUAAACAUGAUGAGGAUCUUGAUGAUAAACAUAUUAGCAUGAGCAUGAUUGACUCAGUGUUAGAUGAUACCGAACCUUUGUCUAUAACAGAAACUCACUCGUUGGAACACUCGGAAGGUUUGUUAGUUACUCAAGAAGAAGACACUCCAAGAGAUUCUACUAAACUGGAUACAUCAGUUACUACAAUCACUACCUCAGAACAGGUAAAAAUUGUACCCAAAGAUGUUUUGGAGGCUAUGAUUAAAGAAACAAGUGCGAAACAAGAAACAACUAUAUCUACUGUUAUCGAGACUACAAGUACUAUUACUAAAUCUGAUGUAAAACAAGAUGAACCAACUGCACCUGCAUCUGUAAGUGAGCCAUCUAAACCAAUUAAGGAAGAAAUUGCCUCCACUCCACCUGCGUUACAAAAUACUGGAGCAGAACAGGUGGUAACAUUCAUUGAAACUGAGAGGAACAUUCAACAACCAGAAAAGAAAGAGACAGUUAAGGACUCAGUAACAUCAUUUAUUCAAAUGGAAAAGUCGCAGAAGGACAUUUUAUCAUCGGAUAUGAAGAUACCGGAACUUCAAAAACAAGAAUUACAAUCCACACCAAUUGAACAAAACAUCAAUGAACAGAAACAUAUUUCAGCCGAUUCUGUAUCUGAUGUCCCUCUAUCUAACAUUGAUACCAUUACUAACACAAUCACAAACCUAAAAUCGGAUUCUUUCUGGACGGACAAACACAAAAUUGAUGAUGCGGAAUUGCUAUUAAUAGAACGUCAAUCUGUUGAAAGAACAAUUGUACCUGUAGACACUGACGAACCACACGUUGAUGAAGGCAUCAGCGUCGAGGACAAUAUUAUCAUUGAUAACACUUUCUGGCCUGAAAAACACUUGUACCACGACGCUGAGUGCCAAUACUACCUCUCAUUGGCUCGUAAAGCUAAAACACCCACUAACGAUACCACAGAAAUCAAAGUUUCUGACCAAAAUGAUAAAGAUAGAGAUCAGGGCGGCAGUUCUGGUCACUCUUCUGAAGGUGAAGAACCAAAAGACCCUUCUGGUUCACCUUACGACCCCGACUACAUAUCCAUGGAUCUACCCGGUGGCAUUUGUAGUUGGAAAGACAAAUCGUCGUACCUAAGCGUCGAAACACCUGUUGUUGAUGACGUUGUGAACGAGCCUGUGUCUAGGGAGGAUAUACUAACCACCCUACCUAUAGCACCAGCCCCAUCCUCAUCCACACAGGAGCCGGAGGAGACACCCCAGAGGACAACAAAGGAUGAAUUAUCUAACGAUAUAGAAACUCUGCUCGAAGAAAUAAGAGAUGUACAGACGCGCUUAGCGGAUCUGCCUGAUGAGAGCUUGGACACCAUGGCGGAGGGCCUCAAGGAGGGCAUCAGCAUCCUAUUGAAGUGUGAAGAAGCAGCCGAGAUCCUGGAGACGAAGAUCAUGGAGUACCGCCAGGAGCAGGAGGUGCAGACGCUGCUGAAGGAGCUGGUCAUCAUGAGGGCCAAGAUAUCGAAGCUGCUGAAGCAAGCUAACGAUGGUCUGGAAAUCAUCGAGGAAGCCAAAGUCCAAGUGGCUAUUCAAGCGAAAGAGAUAGAAGAAAACAAGGAGAAGAUUGCCAAGCUAGACAAAUGGCUGGAGACCAUCAACAACGGUCUCAAAGAAACCGUCCACCAAACUGAAGUCCUCACAGAGGAAGAUAUUAUUAGAUAUAUUGAAAUAUAUGAUCGUUACCUAAUUGAGUACGAGGAGUAUGAAACUAUUAUGAAGUCAAUAACUGUGAUAAGUCAAGAUGAAACUAGUCAGUCUUUGAAAGUGAAGUUGGUUGCAAUGCAAAAGUCGUUAAUGGAAACGAAGAAUCUAGUCAAUAUAGAGAUAGAAAGGUUAAGGCAGGUGCUGCUGCAGAUCAAGUCAGCACCAGAAGUGGUCGACGACGACAUCUCGCAGACUGAUAGGACAAUCGACUCAACGUCGAUGCCCGAAGAGGUGGUGUCGCCUAGAGAGAUUAUAAAAGAAAAGGAAGUUUCAGAGAAAGUGCCAUCGGCAAAACAGCCUUCAGUCGAAGAAAGUGUAAAAGUAACCGUACAAGAAAGUAAACCUAGUCAUGAGAAGCCUGAACCAGUCCAAAUCCAGGUUGUUAAAGAAACUGUGGCAAUCGAAACACAAACUGGUAAGAGCCUUAUGUCGGAGCCGCCGUCUGUGUCAGACAAAUCUGUGAUAUGCCAACCUGAGGCCAUAGUCACGCACGACGUAUCCAUCACAUGCGCUCCUCCAGUUGAAAUGGCUAUACAAACUAGUGAACCGCAUUCUGAAGCAAAGGAAAUCCUUGAAAAUAUUCAAGUGAGACAGACAAUUUCUGAUGGUCACGAGACUAUCGAAAUUGCCAGUCGACCUGUGGUUAGAGAACAGAAGCUUGACGAGAAAUCUUUGCUCGUGGACGCAAACUACAGGGACGAUAACUUCAGAAAGGAUUCACAGCUCAACAUCACACAUAGCUUGCCGCAGUCCUUCGAGACUGUUAUGGUGGAACCUGACGAAACGACAACAGAAGUUGUAGUAGAUGCCGAUGGUACUAAGAGGAUUAUUGUAAAGAAGGUCAGAAAGACACUAGUCACAAGACAACAAAUACUCCAGAGUCAACAACAUGAAUCUCAUAUAUUAUCUAGCGAUCUCCCACUUGAUGAGGCCUACUCCCAGAUAGUGAUAAGAGACGAGAAGGCAGGAACAUCCACAACAUUAGAAGAUGGUGGAGUACAACAUAUGGAAUAUCAAACUUAUGGUGGUCAAGUAAUAACUAGCUUACCUGGUGGUGAAGUUACUAUUCAAGAAUUCACAUCUAAACCCGACAUGAAAAUUACAAUGGAGAAAGAUAUGAACCCUGAACAGAUUCUUCUUCUUGCUGAGGGUCAAGAGCUACCUCAAGUUCAAACGUCUACUUCAAGCGUAACUGCUGUGGUUCAGCAAGUUACUAAGCGCAUAGUAAAGACUCGAAGACGCAUCAUCCGUCGCGUCGUUAUUAUUGACGGCAAAGAACACGUAACUGAAGAAAUUGUCGAAGAACCUGACAAUGUUGAAGUAGUGGAGGAACAGAUUCCGAGGGUUUCUAUAAACGUUAGAGAAAGAGGUGACGUUCCACCUUCAGGAGGUGAAGAUGAUGAUGAUCGUCGAGAUGAUCACCCAGCCUUGCCACCUCGGAAAGACGAUGACUCUUCUAAGGAGGACAGGCCGAAGUACGACAAACCAGAUGACAAACCAUCUGAGGAUAGGCCGCAUGAUGACAAACCUAAAGACGACAAAGCUGAUGAUAUUCAAGACCAACAAGUAGAUGCACCAGUUGAGCUAACUCAAGCCCAACAACUCGAAAAGAUGAUGCAAGACUUUAUUCAAAAGGAAGGUACAACACAUCGUACUAUUACCAAAUCAACCACUAGAGUGCAAAGCUCACAAGAACGAGAGAGCAGUCCAAUGGAGUUUGUUCAAAAGGAAGGUUCAAUCCACCAUACGAUUACUAAAUCAACAACUACUAGAUUGCAAACCUCACAAGAACGAGAAAGCACUCCAGUUAAAACCGUAACAGUGUCUGAAUCUUUCGAAAUUCUACCAGGUCAACCUGAUGAAACUACCUACAUCGUACAAGAACCUCAUGACGAGGACGGUCAAACAACAUUGAUAACCGAAGGAAUGCAUCAUUCCACUUUCGAAUCUUCCUCAACGAAUGUAGCUACAGUUGUACAAAAAGUCACUAGAAAGAUAACUAGAACGAGGAGGCGUAUUAUCAAACACAUCCAAAUUAUCGAUGGUAAGGAACACGUCACAGAGGAAGUGAUCGAAGAGCCAGAUGAUGUUGAAGUCAUUGAAGAAGAACCUCAAAUAUCUCACAGCAUUCAAACCGAAGGCGUUAAAACAAAACGUAUCAGAAUAAUCAAACAAGUACAGAUUAUUGACGGUAAAGAACAUGUGACGGAACAAAUAGUUGAGGAACCAGAUGACGAGUAUGUACCAGAUUCUACAAUAACCACUGAAAUCGAUGUCAAACUGAGCAAACCUGAGGCAAUGGAAGUCAUACAAGAGGACGAUGUUAAGAGCGACUUCCCUACUAUUACAAAAUCUACUACAGUGACUGUCAUGCCUACACAAAAAGAUACCACGGUUAUCGAAGUCACAAAGGGUUUGAUUGGCAGUGAAAUUGAACAUUUUGCUGGAACUGCACCUGAAAUAAAACAAACUACUGUUACUAAGGAAAUAACAUCAGAUUCUUUCAAAAAGCCGGGUGAUGAUACUGAUGCUACAGUGAAGAUCGUCAAAGAGACUGUCCAGUUCAAUGAGCCUGAAAUAACUUCCACCAUUACCACCAAGGAAACAGGCGGUUUUACAACAACUACAGUAACUAGGCAUGUCACAUCAGAGUUCACUACUGUGACAUCUACUGAUACUCAGAAAGACACUAGUUUGAUUGAUAUCACAAAGAGUUUGAUUAGUAGUGAAAUGGAACACGCAUUGGAAGAUACUUCAAAGAAACCAAAAGAACCGCCUAAAGAUGUUCCAGUAAAACCUGAACCAGUUAAAGAAGAACCAGUUAAAUCUGAGCCGAUAAGAGAUGUUCCAGUAAAAUCUGAGCUAGUUGAAGAAGUGCCAAUUAAGUCUGAACCGAUUAAAGAUGUUCCAGUUAAAUCAGAGUCAACUACAGUUGUUGUAGAGAAAACUAAAUCAACUGAAGAAGUACCAAUUAAGUCUGAACCUAUUAAAGAUGUUCCAGCUAAAUCUAAACCAGUUGAAGAAGCACUAGUUAAAACUGAACAAAUUACAGUUCGCAAGGAAACUGAAAUUGUCAAAUCUGCACCUGUUGAAGAGCUACCGGUUAAAUCGGAACCCAUUAAAGAUAUUCCAGUUAAAUCUGAACCAGUCAAAGAAGAAACAAUUAAAAAAGAACUGGUUACAGAAGAAAUAAUAAAAUCUGUACCAAUUAAAGAAGAACCAGUCAAAUUUGAUAGUCCAGAUGUAACAGUUAUCACUAAAACAGUAACUGUAACUACCCCAAUGGACGAAUCUAAAACAACAACCGUUGUUACCUCUGCAAAGUCAACUUCUGAAGUCACACAAAAAGAAACUAUUGCAACAAUUGGCAUUCCAGAACCAGUGUAUCCUAAAGAAACAAAAGAGGAAGAACAACCGUCUAAAGAACCUGUACCUAAGGACAAGACUCAGGAGCCUGAAACAGUGAUGCAGAUAAUUCAAGAAACCGUUCAGUCUACUGAACCUGAAAUAACAAUCACUAAGAAAACAACUGAAGUAACCAAAGUCACAGACAUCAUCAGUGAUGCACCAAUAAUCACUGAAACUAUAACUAAGACUGUUACAACAGAGAUUCCAGAAACAAAUGGAAUUAAGGAUACAACACUCGUUGACAUAACUAAAAGUCUUCUAGAGAGUGAAAUGGAUCAUUCGGUGGUUUCUAAAAUACCAGCGUCACCUGUGAAAAUUGUUACAAAAUCUGAAGAAAUCAAACAGGUUCCUUUGAAAGAAACAAAGGCACUUAAGGAACCUAAACAAGAAAAACCUAUCGAUGAAAAACUACCAAAACCAGAGGAAUUAAAACCAACAGUGACAGUUGAAGUUAAGUUAGUUGAGCAAAGAUUACCAGCUAAAGAUGUUUCUUCAGAUAAAGAAGUAGUAGUGGAAGUUUCUAAACAAUCACAAGUGGUGACUGACACAACAAUCACAACACAAAAGGAUUCAUCUCUUUAUGAUAUCACUAAGAGCUUUAUUGGAACUGAAAUUGAUCAUUCAGCUAUCCAUAAAACACCAACAAAACCUAAAGAGGAUGAACUUGUUCCUCAAAAAGAGAAAACUGAUCAUAUACCUAAACCUACAACACCCGAAAAACCUAAAAAAGAUGAAUUUAUUCAUGAAAAAGAAGAAAUUGUGAAAUCGCCAGAAACAGAAAAGGUUAAUGAUAGUGAAACAGUUACCACCACUACUCAUAAAACUAUAACUACGACGACUAGUGUUCAAGAAAGUAAGCCAACAGUAGAAACAGUUGUAACCAAGUCACCUGAAAUUGUAACAAUAGUCAAGGAAACGAUUGAAAUCGAACCUGAAUCUGUUGGUACCACUGAAGACAUUUUUGUGCCUGAACCUGAAAUGGCUCAAGCUUUGGAAGUGACUGAUGUAACUCCUGCAAGCACAUCUGACCUACCCAAAGAUACAGGUCUAGUUGAUCUCACAAAGAGCUUCAUUGGUAGUGAGAUGGACCAUACUGUAGUAUCCAAGAUUCCAGCUACGCCAAUCAAACGAGAAGAGUCACUAGAAAUGGCGGUCGAAGCUACUGAAGAACCACAAACACCCGAAACAUUAGCUCCAAUAAAAGAUGUUGUUAUUUCUGAAACUGUAACAGUGACCAAAAUUCCCGAACCUCUUGAUAUAGUUGAUGAACAAGUAGUGGUCAAACCAGAAAAGCCAAUUUGUGAAGAAGAUAAGAAAAUUGUAGAAACGCUGAAAAUAUCUGAGAAAGAAACGAUAUCAGAAAAGAAACCUAAAGAUGAUAGUGUUCAGUUCAUUACGCAGGAGAUUACAGAACAACAGGGCGUAACACAAUUCAACGUGACAGAAAUUACACGAGAACUGUUAGAAAAGGAGAGUAUUCACGCAGGUACUAUUCAUUCACCUGUAAAGGUGGAACAAAAACCAAAAGAGGUGACAUCUGAUGUUCCUAAAGAUUACUCUGGAGUCACAGUUACCCAAGUAACUCAAGUAUCUACAAGCACUCCGAUCGAACCUAAAGAACCAGUUCAACCUGAUGAAAAACUAUCAACUGUAUCAAUUUCUAUCAAAGAACAGCCUUUGCUUGAAAAGGAAGAAAUUGUGUCUGUAAUCACUAAAGAUGAAAUAACAUCUAAAGAACCAGUACCGAAAGAACUAGAGGUUGUUGAACCUUCGGCUCCAGUCUUUCCAGAUGAUAAACAGUCCCCAGAACGCGAAUUCCCAGAGGUAGGAAUUGACAAACAACCCAAGAUUGGUGUUGUUGAAUUAGUCAAAGAAUUCAUCACCCAAGAAGGUACCGAUAAAUAUGAACGCAUUGCUGAAACAACAAAGACUGAAGUUGAAAGGACUGUUAGCCAAUCUGAAGUUCCCAAAGAUUACUCAGGAGUCACAGUUACCCAAGUGACUCAAGUCUCUACAAGCACUGCUAUCGAACCUAAAGAACCAGUGCAACCGGAUGAAAAAUCAUCAACUGUAUCAAUUUCUAUUAAAGAACAGCCUUUAUCUGAAAAAGUAGAAAUUGUAUCUGUCGUCACAAAAGAUAAAAUAAAAUCUGAAGAACCAGUACCGAAAGAACCAGAGAUCGUUGAACAACCUUCGAUUCCAGUCUUCAAAGAUGAUAAACAAUCUCCAGAUCGCGAUUUCCCAGAGGUAGAAAUUGACGAACAACCCAAGAUUGGUGUUGUUAAAUUAGUCAAAGAAUUCAUCACUCAAGAAGGAACCGAUAAAUAUGAACGCAUUGCUGAAACUACAAGGACUGAGGUCGAAAAAACAGUUAGUCAAAUCACUACAGAAAAAGGACCAACACAAUCUACGAUUGAAGUUAAACCACUGAAAAUCGGAACUGUUAUUUCUGAGACUGAUGUCACUGAAGUUCCAGCGGCUCCUGAGAUGUCCUACAUCAGACAGUUUGAACCACAAAUUCAAGGUUCUUCCGAUAGUGUCAACAAAUUGAUGAUGACAUUUGGUCAACCUGAGAAACAAGAUGUCCCAUCUCAAACAACUGAAUUACCUGGUUUUACUCAGCCUCAGCCAGACAGGCCUGGAACUAAAUAUGAUGUCUCUAUGUUAUUACAUUCUGAACGCCAAGAUACUGAUAUCAGGGGAUUCAAACCUGAACCUAAAGUUACACAGCUUGAUAAACCAGAACAAACAGUGGAUAUUUCACUGUCUUUGACUAAAUCUCGUGAAGCAGAUAAGGUUAAACCUGAAGUUCAAUACGACUUAAAGGUUGAACAUUUCGAAACUGAACCAAUAGUUGUCAAGAAAGAUAUUGAAGUGAUUCUGCCGAGCGAAGUUAAAAUCACUAAAGAAAAGGUUACAGUCCCUAUCGCUGAUGUAGUACGUGAGGAACCAAAAGCAGAAAUCACACCACCGGAGUCUGUAAAGGAAACUAAGAAGAGCAGAAGGAAGAAGAAGCAUAAAACCGAUUCUAUAACAAGCGAGUCGACCGAAAUCGAAACGGAUAAGAGUAUUGCGGGUACUGAUAGCUCAUCCCUGAGUCACUAUGUGGAGCUUCCAGUCUCUCCACCUCGUGAAUCUCCUACACCAACCGAGGAUGUAUUAGAACCAGUUGCAGUUCCUGAAGUAAUACCUGAACCGAAGGAACCAACGCCAGUUAUUAAAUCCGCAACACCUGAACCUGAGCCUGUGCCUGAAAAGAUAAAAACACCCGAGGAACAGGUACUUGAGGAACCACAGAUCCCUGAAAUCGAAGACUCUUAUGUUGAAUCAGAAUCUCUUACCAUCUCUGAAGAAAAAGGAUACGAGCCUGAAGAUUUAUCUUUGGGUCCAGUACCGACAACUGAAACUAAAAAGAAACACAAGAAACGAAAACCUCACAGAGAAAGCGAAGAGACGGCUUAUCCAGUAAUAACUACAACAGAGACUGACGAAACUACUGUAACAACACCAGUAGAGAUGCGUGAACCUGGAAAGAAGGGCAGAGAUAAGAGACGCAAGAAGAAAACUCCAGUGGAACCAGUUAAGUCACCUUCGGAGCCAGAUGUGGAGCCAGAACCUGUUGUAGAACCAGAGCCAGUGGUUAAACCUGAAAGUCCUAAACUUGGAACGGAAGUUGAAGCUUCAUCGCCCAAAGAAGAGUCUUACCAUACCAUUAGUGAAACAUCUGAUAUUACCACUGUCAAAAUCGUCGAAGAAUGCGUUCAAAGCAGCCCUGAGACUGCCGAGAGGGAAGUGGGAACUAUCCUUAAAUUCCCUGUUCCAGUGGUAGAAGAAAUUGCUACUACCGAAUAUUCUAUUCAGACUUCUCCUGAAGAACCUGAACCUGUUGAAGAGGUACCACGACCAGAAACAUCGGAUAUUGAAAUGCAGACCACACCAACAUCCAUGAGUGAAGUUAUUACACAAACGACGCCAGUAAAAGACAAAGAAGCUCAUACACAAACAGUUGAAGAAGUAGUUACUGUAGUAGAAAAGAUUAUGUCAGAUACUGAAAUACAGACCAGUAGGUCAGAAACUCCUGAACAAAUUGUACAACUUGAAGCCACAACUCAGGUUAUUCCUCAUGAUAUUAGUACUCCUGAGGAGAAGUUUUCACAAACGUCACCAAUGGUUGAAGAACCUGUCAUUGUUGAAGAGAAAUCUGUAACUCCUGAGAUCAUCACAGAAUCGCGAGAAAUGCAAACGUCUCCAUUGCCAGUAGUACAAAAAGAUGAAAAGAGUACAGAAAUUGUUGUAGAAACGACUGAAACAGAUAUUCAGACUGUUCAACAAGAAAUUACGGAACAAGGAACUUCAACUACUCCUAUCAAAGAGAAGGAGCUGACUGAGAUGGGUAUGCAAACACCUGAAGUACCACUUGUAAGCACUUUCACUCAGUCUGAUACGCCUGAACCAGAGCCUGUGAAAGAGGUUGAACCUGUACCAGUGGAGGUUCCAGAAUUACCAUCAUUACCUUCUCUCGAAAUAAAGAAAGAGAUCAUUACUGUUGACAGCACCCAGCAAACGACACCACGAGAAGAGGUUGAACCUCCUAAAUUAGAAGUCAAAGAGGUUGAGACUGUUGACACUUCUCAACAAACUACUCCCCGAGAGCCUGAGCCAGUGGUACAAUUGGUGCCCGAAUUGCCAAAAAUACCAGCAUCAGAACCUGAACCAGUGCCAGUUGUAGAACCUGUUAUUGAACCAACGGUGGAACCAACAAGAAAGAUCAUAACGGUAGACAGCACCCAACAAACUUCUCCAAGAUCUCCACCUGUAGAACUUGCUCCUACACCAAUUCCAGCACUAGACUUAGAAAGAAGAGAUGUUAUCACAAUCGAUAGCACCCAACAAACUUCACCCAGAAACUAUUCAGAAGAUUCCAUAUCCACUUCCACGGACGAACCGUAUGAAAUCCACCUUAAAGCUCAGAUUUCGAUUCCGCAAGCCACUACGGAGUUCAUUGAGAGUGAACGCUCAUUCGAAGAACCUCCCCAAUCUAUUUUGGGUGAAAAAUACAAACAGAAGAGGCGAAGGACGAAAAAGAAGACGGAAUCAUCACUCUUGCAGUCCCCAGAAAGUCUAUCGGAUCCAAUUAAUACUGAGCUUUCUUUGUCCGUGACACCAACCAGUGAAGAUAUGUCACUGAAAGAUGCGUCCUCGAUUGAUGAAGGUAUCUCUCAGCUUGCCAGUCCUAUGACGUCCAAGCAAACACAACACAAACUCACAUACUCUGAUGUUGUGCAAAGGUCAAAGUCUAAAUCACCAUCUCCUAGCAAGACUAUUAUCUCUCACAAAUCUGAAAAAGCCAGAUUACUAGAUGCUCUUGAAAAACGAACGCAAUCAGUAACUGAGCCACAGAAGACUAUCCCAGAUGAUUCCAUGACUGUUGCAUUAUUAGAACCGUCAGUAGAGAAAUCCUAUAACUUAGUUGUCAAUAAAGAACUAGAUGAAGUAAAGAAUUCAAUAGAGAGCAAUGAUCCAACACGAACUGAAAGGAGUGUAAUCAUAGUCAUUGAAACCAUUUCAAUUUGGUUAGAAGAAAUUCAAUACAAGAUCCAGAGACAGACUGUCAGCGGUGUGAAGUCGACAGAAGAAACUGAACGUCUUAAAACACUCAAGAAACAUGUUCACGACCUAAAGCACAUUAUCGAAGUGACUGAAGUGAGUGAAGAAAUAAUUACUUUGAUCGAAACAUUAACGCGUCAAGUGGAUGCGGUUAAUACUUUGAACAGUCAAAGCUCGGUCAAAGUGAAAGAAGUAGAAAAAGAAUGGAUCAAAUUUUUAGAAGAUACAGAUAAACUAAGCUACUCUGUGGAAGCCGUGAAAAAUACAUUAGACAAUGUUAUAAUGUCGGAACUACCAACGCAACAGAAAUUGGAAAAGAUAGAUAAAAUCGAAACCAACAACUUGGAUAACUUUGAAACAAUUAGGAAAAUGUUCAAGAGGUGUCGCAGUCUUGUUGAAGCGAACCCUAAGAGGGAAUGUCCAUCUAAGCUAUACAAUGCUGAGGACGACACCAAACAAGUAGAAAACAUCAUCAAUACCGAAAGGGAUAGACUUUUGCAGCUAGCAUCUCUGGCUGAGGAAUACGAACAAACGCUACAGGACUUCGGGCAGAUCACUGAUGUAGCCGAAGCUCUAAUCGAUGGCAAGAUCAUUGUGUCGGACCUAGACCACUUACACGAAGAGAUUCAAAAGCACAGAAAAUUCUUCGUUAACCUAAGCCAUUGCAGAGCCAUCCUUGAGUCUUUAGAAGAUAACCUGGAUAGUGAAACAAGAGCGAAGUUUUCAUCUUUGCACAAUUCUUUGCACGAUAGAGCGACGGCCAUCAUCGACAGAGCUGCAAGUCGAGCUCAACAAAUGACGUUAGCAGCAUCCAGGUGGUCUUUACUUCAACAUGGAAUGAAGGAAGAACGCCAAUGGCUCAUAGUCGCGCAACAAAGAGUCCCAGACCUCAACAACGUCACUUCCAGAGAUCACGAACAAUACAUCAAUCUGUAUCAGUCUAUAAGUCUGGAUGUCUCGCAUCAUUAUGCGAAGAUGUUACGUCUUCUGUCCAUUACAGAAAGCCUUCAAAACUUAAUAGUUUGUUCUGGUUUAGAAUCAGAAUGUUCUGUAGCAUUAGAUACAUUAUUGAAGCUACAGGAAGAUGUGGACUCCAGGCUCACAAGACUGACAGCCUUUAAAGAAAACUGGGUAACGUACGACCUUCUCAUUGACCGAAUUGAAGGAUGGAUGAAGGUUGCAAACAGAGAACUUGAAUUUAUCACUCCAGAAAAUAUCACUACAACAGGCAAUCUCAGAAGAUUCUGGGAACUAAAGGCUCAGCACGAAGUUCAUAAUAACUUGAAGAAUGAAUCAGGCGUACAAUUUGAAAAGGCUUUAGAAAUUCUACCAGUCUCUGAUGAAAUGGUACAAAGACAAUUCUUCUCUAAGAUCGAAGACAAAUGGAGUGAACUGGCAGCCAAGAUCGGCAACAUUCACUCAACGGCAAUACAGAACAUCUCAGACCGUGACGUAUCCUCAGGAGAGAAGCUCAACAUACUUGAGGAAGAAUUAAGAGAACUGCGUGCAGCUCUAGAUAGUCUUAAAGGUGUGAUUAAGAGUGAAGACGAACUCAACUUGUACAUUGAAAGACUUCAAGUCAUGACUGGACGUAUUGACAGAAUACAGAAUGAACUGGGAAGAUUGAGCUUGCUGCGUACUGCUGAAUCAGAGCGCUUGGGUGCUCUGUUGACGCAGUCAGGUAUUCUUGACGAUCAGAUCUCUGAAGAGCUUGAACGCAGCAUGCUGUUGAAGGAGAAGAUAGUGCAAGUGCAGGCCGGUAUUGUAAGAUGCCAGAAGAGUCAGCGCCGAGCUCGAUUGACGCUUGAAGAGUGUGAAGCAGCUGAAAGGAUGGGCAGUGAUGUGGUGGAGAGGGCUUCGGAGAACUGUGACAAGUUGAUAGACGAGCUGGCGUCGCAAUGGAGGGACAUCCUGGCACUCAGGCAGUCGCUGCACACGCUGCCGAUCAGUCUGCGGGUCGUCGUGUCACCUACGGGCGUCGAGAGAGACAUCUCUGCUUUGCAGGAAACACACGCAGAACUAGAAGCCGCUUGCAGCGACUUGAGCAGUCGUCUUCGAGCCAAACUACAACUAUGGCGUCGCUUCGAGAGACAACUGGAACUGGUGCAGGGCGCAGUACGUGAAGCUGAUUACAUGGUGGAGUUGCUGACCGUCCAGGGACAAGUGGACUAUGACCGGCUACUUAAGGCCACUGAGAAACUUGAGACCCUGAGCGAGUCGCUGUCCCGCCGCAGCGGGCAGCUAGUAGGCGAGCUGUCGCUGGCGGCGGCGCCCCUGCAGGCGUCCACCGAGCCGGCCGUGGCCGCCAGCCUGCGCCGGGACCUCGACGACGCCGCCGCCGCCUACGAGCAGACCUGCACCAACCUCAACCAACUCUGUGACAAUGACAUCAAAAAUACAAUGAAUCCUCAUCUUCCACAGGCAUGUUUAGAACAAGAAGCUCGUGUAGCUGAACUCCGGUCAUUGGCUGCUCAAGUAGCAGCUGAGACUGGUUCCCGUGCACUUCAGGCUGAUGCUGACGCAUUAGCUAGGAGACUCCAACUCGUGGCUGGUGCUGUCCAGGCGCUGGCUGACUUGGGAGAAGCCAGGCAACUCGCCAGAGCCAAGGCUCAACAUGCUAAAGAGAUGUUGUGUGAUAUGAGACAGGACCUAACCCCCGUACAUGAAGAUGGUGAAAUAGUCGAAGAUAAACUGAUUGCUCUUAGGGACAAUUUAAUAGCUCUAGGCAAAUCAGAGGCGGACAUCGCUCCUGCUAAGGCCGAGCUCCCAGAUAUCGACCGAGACGUUUCAGACGAACACUCGAUAGUGAGGAUUCUGGAACUAUGGCAGGCCAUGUUCAGGGAUACCUUCCUCCACUACCAUCGAUUAUCUACCGCACUAGUCAGGUCUGGGGACGCAGCGACAGCGCUACGACUAUGGCACGAAUACUUGAUAGAUCUGCAAUCAUUCUUAUCUGGCUCAGUACCGGCUGACUACGAAAACCUCACAGAACAUCGACGAUUAUGCAGGGUGCACAAGAACCUCUUGACAUCACAGAGGUCUGUACUCAUGAACGAGAACAGAGAAACAAGGAAUAGGGAAUUAGCCGAUAAAUUCGACACGCUGACGAAUCUUCACAAUGAGACAUUAGCAAGAAUCGUUGAAAGACACGAUGAAGUAUGUACCAGGAUCGCAGCGUGGGAUGAUUACAGAGAAGUGUACACGGAGUUGCUCAGGUGGCUCAAAGAAAUGGAACGAGAAAAGGAGAAGCUCCAACUCAGAUACGUGCACAUCAAGCGGAUACAAAAAAUACUGGCUAAGAUACAGAAUCUCUCAGAUAAGGUCCCCGAAGGUAGGAGACAGUCUGACAAAUUGCUAAGUGACCUGAAGAAAGUUCUCGAAUUCACGGAGGAAGCAUACGGUGCAUCUGUAAGAAUGGAAUACGCUGGCAUGGUAAAGAGGGUGGACAACCUGCAAGCCAGUCUCGACACAUGGAGAGAUUUCUUGAACAGAAUACUUGGCUUGAUCAAUGAAUAUGAAAAUCUGGCAAACAACGAACUGCACAAACUGUACUCGAAAACUCAAGACGAAAUCAUGUCCUACUCAGACGAAGACAGAUUGUCAAGGCCACAGCUUAAGAAGGCAGUAGAAAAAUAUUCAGAGUUGAGAACAAAGAUUGUGAAGACUGAAACCCAAAUUGAAGCCCUAAGCGUUAUCCAAGAACAACUGAAAGAGUGCCUGAGUCCGCAGGAUAUAAGGUUAGUGAACCAGAGAGUCUGGCAGCUGCGACAACAGCGCGCUGACCUCGAACACCAACUGUCCAUCAUAAUCCACAGACUACAGGAACGCUUAGAAAUCUACACAAUAUUUGAAUCACGCCUGACACGAUUUGUUGAAUGGAUCACUACACUUGAAACAAGGUUGGAAGCUUCGAACCAAAGUACGGAAAUUGGAGCUAUCGACCCUCAGGAUCUUAUCAGGAGGAUAAACUCUGAAGUCCAAGCUGAAACUGCCUUAAAGGAACGUGAAUUCGAAUGGCUUACAGAAACUGGCUUGUCUUUGGUAGAACUAUCCAAGAAAGAUGAAAAAUCUUACAGUAAAACAACAUCUAAACAACUGAAAGAUGUACAAGAACGUUGGCAUAGGAUGCAAGAAACCGGAAGGUCAAGGAUAGCUAAGAUUAAUGAACUCCUGGAAACGAUAUCUCAACUAGAAAAACGGCUUACUGAAAUAAGGUUAAAACUACAUUCCAUAGAAUCUAAUUUAUCUACAUCUGUUGUAUUAGAAUACCUAACGACAAGGGCUGUUGAUGAGAAAUUCAAAGACAGGGAUGAUAUUCAUAAAAAUAUUGAACACGAGAGUGGAGAGGUAGGGGAAACCCUGAACCUCUGCGAACUCGUAUUCAAUGACCCUGAUGUCAUGAAAGGUAACUUUGACCUACGUAACCUCCACACUGGCGUUGACAUCGUCGAAAAGAAAUGGAAGAACAUUUGCGAAAUGUCCGAACAGCGCAAGAACGCGCUGAAGGAAAUUCGCAAAUCUGCUGAACUUGCUAACUCGCUGUUGCCGAAGGUUGAGAAGAAACUCGACUCUGUUGAAAGACGAGUUGAGAAGAUUGAAACUAGGAAGCAACGCGGGGAACCUGAAGACGAAAGUGUAUCUAAGGCUGUGAUAAAGGACUUGGAGAGUGUGGAAGGUGACGUGAAGCGGUUAGAGGAUGCCUAUAGCAGGAUAGCUUCGGCUCGGGGCGUGGAGCUGCGCGGAGCGGCCGCGGACGAGGCGGCGCGGCUUCGCGCGGCUGUGCGGCGCUGGCAGCAGCUACGCGGGCGGCUGGACGCGGCCGGCGCCGACGCGCACCGCCAGCUGGUGGCGGCGCACGGCCGCGCCGUCGUCGCGCUCGCUGAGGCCGACGUACGGCUCACGCGGGCGCUGCACCUCGCACCCACACCGCUCGACAAGGCAGCCACUUUGAAAGAACUUGAUGGCGUCGAACAAGAACUCCUAGAAUGCCAAUCGCUAGUGGAAGACGCAGACAGGCUGGCGGCCGCAGUGUCCACGGUGUCGGGAGUGUCGGACAUGGUGGCGGAGUACCGCGCACUCUUCGCUGACGUACGGACGAGAUUAGACCUUGCACGCGCUGAGGUCGUCGGCGACGUGGAUACUGCUGUACAGGUUGACACGCUUAAAUGGGAAACGGACGCUGCCCUUCAAGUAGAUACCCUCACGUCCAAGGAAACCUAUAGAGCAGAACUAGCGACCGCCGUAAAAGAAACUUCGGAAGCCCUUGAGGCGCUCCGACUCGCCCUCAACACACAACCUAAUGAAAAGGCGAGCAGUGACGAACUAGCCACUGCCGCCAAAGAAAUAGCCAAAGCUGGUGCCAAACCUGGACAAACAUUAGAGCUGGCCAAACAUUUGUCAGAGCUGCUGCUCACUGAAUGUGACGCGACAGAAGACGAGGCCAUGCUCAAAGAAGUAGAAUCUCUUUCCCUAACAUACGAAGACCUGCUCAGCCAAGCGAAGAAACGGGAGCUCCAAAUUAACAACUUGAGGUUGCCCCACUCUGCGUCGUACGCGCUCACGUGCGAACAUGAGUCUGGUCGUCUGACGUGUCCGCUGUGCUCCGAGCGCAACUGGAAGCAGCUCGACAACGACCUCUGGCGGCUCGAGCAGUGGCUACAGUUCGCUGAGGCCACGGACGAGGCACGCACCGGGCCGCCCGAGGAGUACGACGCCUUGGAAGAUGUUAUACAGGACCAUCGUGAAUUCCUUUUGGACUUGGACUCGCACAAAUCGAUCGUAGUGUCCCUGAACGUGGUGGGCACGCACGUGGCGGCGCACGCGCGGUCGGCCGCCGCCGCCGAGCGAGUGCGCGCGCGCCUCGCCGCCGCCAACGCGCGCUGGGACACCGCCUGCCGCCGCGCGCACCACUGGCAGGCGCAGCUGCAGCGCGCCCUGCUGCACAACCGACAGUUCCACGACAUACUCGUCGAACUCGUCGCCAAACUAGCAGCCGCCGAGAAGACCGUUCGCGCCCGGGAGCCCCUCCGCCUCGGCCGCGAGCCCGCAGAGCUGCAGCGAGACUUCCGUCGGUUCGCGGAGCUGCGCGACGAGCUGCGCCGCGCCGAGCCGCGCGUGCUGGCGCUGCACGAGGCGGCGGCGCUGCUGGCGCCCGGGCCGGGCCCGCACGCGCGCCUGGCCGAGCUGCGCCUGCGCCUGCAGUCGCUGCGCAAGCUGUGCUCGGUGUACGCGCUGAAGCUGGGCGCGGCGCUGGCCCGGCGGCCUGCCUCCAGCAGCCACGCGCUGGCCGCCGCCGCCGCCACGCUCGCCCCGCAGCUAAUGGAGGAGGACGAGGACGAGCUCUCCGGGCUGACACUGCCGCCGCUCGACGAGACGCAACCGGUGGUUGAUGAAGAAGAAGAGAGCGGGGAAGACGGCGCGUUGUUUGGCAUGGGCCGCAGCCUGCGCUUCAUAUGCAGGGUGGCGCGCGCGUCGCUGCCCUUCCAGGCGCUGCUGCUGCUGCUGCUGGGCGCGGCGGCGCUGGCUCCCCAGGCGGGCCAGGACUGCCGCAGCCGGCCCCUGCUGGACCCCGUGCUCCGCUACCCCGACGGACCACCCCCACUAUGAGCCCAACAUUCCCACAUCUAAACAUUCGCAUCCGCGCUACGUUACUUAAUUAUUAGCUAGUAAGGACUGUUUAUAAAACGUCGAAAAUAAAGCCUUUGCAUUGAUUCAUAUUCUGCUUUUAUUUACAUUUAAUUAUGUAC